GGGAGGAUCUGUGCCCCCGUUUGUUUUCACAACCUGUGCGAGUGCUGGGAGUUAUUUACAGCCGUGUUUGUGGAGAAUCGCGGCAAAGUUUAACGCAGAUUUCCAACAUGAGUGACCUGGAGGACGACUUUGCCAAGAUCCUUCUACUAAAGGAGGAGAGGAUACGGGACUUGGAGAGGCGCCUGGCGGACCGAGAAGACGAGAUUCAAGAACUGAAGAGGAAAUUGCACAAAUGUCAGUCUGUUCUACCCAGCGCUCAACUUAUUGGACCGAGGACCCGCAGGGCGCAGGGCAUCUCCGCGGAACCGCAGACGCACCAGGACUUGUCACGGCAGACAUUUCGGAAAUAUGCCAAAUCCGACUGGUAAGCCUGAUUGAAUACAACUUUAACGUUUCUCUUGUUGUAAAAAAACCAAACAACAGUGUGAUAUGGUGUGUCACGAAGGGUUAUUGGAGGCGUAAACUUGCUUGGAAAUGGGUGUGCAUGCGUUAAAAGUAACUCCAAACACUCGGCCUCCUCCACAGAGCCCCCUUUACUGCCUGUUUCCCACUUUUUUUUUGCUCUUUUGCUUUCUGUACAUGGAGGAUGAAGACGCUCAGCCAUGAAUGGAGGAGCACUUUCAUUCUUGAGGGGCGAUGACGCAGCUCCACGGCGAGCUCCAGAAAGAGGCUCCUAAUUGAUCAGAUCCAUCACGGAUGUCCCACGGGACGCAGACAGGAGGAAGUGCGAUGCAUUAUUGGCUUUUAGUAGCUGGACGCUGUGGACCCGAAGUGCAUGUCUGAGGAUAUUUAAUACUCCAUUAGAAAACGCUUUGUUUGACCAUAUGCUUGCUUCAUCACCUUUUGGUGCUCGUUUUAGCCUCGUGGUGUGCAUGUUCGGAGUUUGAGGGUUUCACAUGGGCUGCGAGCAGUUUCUCCUACUUUUAUUUACUUAUUUCAAGUCUAUCAGGCUUCAUUCUGCCUUGAAAAGUUUCACUACUCACUAGUUUCGCCUCCUCUCUCUGCCCUUUCCUCCAUUAUGCUCCAACCAGGAUGAAUAAGCUCAAUUUUUUGUUUGAGUCAUGCACAAGCAGACUGUAAACUCAAACAUGUCCAUUCUUCUUCUGCAGUUAUAUAUCACAGGGGAUAAAAGUCUUAGUUUGCACACAUGGAUGCUCAGUCUGCAAAAGUUCACAUAAAGAUGUGGAAAGUGUAAAUUAAACCCCAAACUCAAGAAUGACUGGGUUCAUUGAGACAUACUCACGACUGAUGAGGCAUAUUCAAGCCAAAAAUAGCCAUCACCUUUUAUCCACCUUUCUGUAUGACCAGGGUUCAUUCUGAAAACGGUCAAAUGAUGCGUCAGCCGAUGAGACACACUAAGUGCUUGAAUGGGCCUACAAAUCAAUCGCAUGCACCUACUCACUGAAGUAAACCUGUUUGUCCACCGGUGGAAAGAGCACCAAAGAGAUGACGUGCUUGCCCUCUUGCACCGGUGUGUCUGGACGAAGGGGCCUCCACCUGGGCCACCGUGGGGUCAGAGACAGUGUGACCCCCUCCUCCCCAUUAGAGUCAGGACGUGGCACCAGCCGGCAGACCGCUCCGGCUCAUCGGAUUACCGCAGCAUGGAGCAAUGGAUCCUGUUUCUAUUGAUCUGCAUAGGAAAAGGGCUGAGCUGGAUGGUUAGGGAGGUGAAAUUUAAAGCGCAGAGGUGCUUUGAAGGGCAGUGGGAGGGCUUUUUGAUGAUGGGAGGAUGCAGGGGUGCAACACAGACUUAGACCGGGGAGAGUUUGUAAUCACCAGGCACCUGCAAUUUCCCUGAUAUGAAAGAAAGUUUGCUGCUGCUGCUGUCUGAGCUUUGUGCCCUGUGCCCUUCCCUUGACGGAGAUAAAAGAAAAUAUGAUGGUGUUUAAUUAGCUGUGAGAAGAAAGGCUGUCUUGGCUUUAUUAGAAGUUCAGAUUGAGAAGGGAGCACCAAAAAUACAAUGUUAGCUCCUCAUAAAACUUAUAAGAUUGUUUCUCUGACAGCUCAAUCAAACAAGAUUUCAAAAAGAGGACAUAUGUUUCUUUAGAGUUGAACCAAAUUUCAGAUUUGUCAUUUCCUGCUCUUACGGUGCAUUUAUUUUCACUCAUCUCACCCAGUGCCACCUCAUAUGUGCUUUUAGGAUACACAAUUUUAAGUUACCAACAUGCUAAACAGUGGGAACACAAAGGUGUUUUCUUGCAGAUUAAAGGCAUCCCACCUUGUUGUUGUUUGCCUGAGUACAUGCACAAACCAACCACAAGAGGGCAGCUGUGACCUUUUCUUGGACCAGCUGUCUCUCUUCAAGCUUGUUUACAUGCUUUUUUUCUGCAAGAGAAGAUGCUUUUUAUUCUUCCUCCACACCACAAACACCUGUGCUCUGAGCCAGAGAAAACCCGCUCCACCUGUGUGUUUAUUGUCCCGACCGUCAGCCUGUGACUCCUCAUCCUCUGGGCGCAGUAAUUGCUGUUGUAUCUCUCUAACUCCUCAUAUCAGAUUGUCCUUGGCAGUUUAUCCUCCUCUGAGUUUGUCCAGAGCACAUGAGGCCAAAUUGUGCUCUCUGAGUUUCAGAUGACUCACUAGGAUAAUGUGGACAGACACCAGCAGUGCAAGGUGGUGCGCACAACACAACACAUGAUGAGAUGAGGGGGGAAAGUGGAGCUGCUGUGGGAGUCGUGAGCUUCAGUGGCUUUGGCAUCAUCAUUUCUCCUGCUGCUGCUUCUGUUUGACAGUCUGCAAGAUUAUCUUUUUUGUUUGCUUUUGGCAUCUUUACUUUCAGCACUUUGGAAUCCGUCAGAAUACAAGUUGUUGUUUGGCAAAGGUUUUGGAAAGUUUGAUUGUUUACUCACUUUUUUUCAUGCAAUCUUUUCCCUCAAAGCGUCAUUUUGGUUCUGACUCAAAUGUUUGCACUGCUAUUCAGGUGGACAUGAAUAUUUAGUUGCUUGUCAGGCUUAGUUUAGCCUGCUUUUUGCAAUCAGUAGAUAUUUUUUCCCCUUUCUGCCAAAGCAUCACUUGAGUUUUACUGUAAAUUUAGAGCCUAAACAAACACCUGAAAAUGUCUGAUUGAUAAUUCUCGCACCUCUGUCUGUGGGCAGCUCCACCAGGACAUGCAGCAGUGUCUCAUUCUCCCACAGAUGGGAUACGCAUUGUUUAUUUUUACAUUGAGGUUCAUUAAGUUUCCAUCACCUCCAGCCUCCAUUAAGGCUGCACUGCUCAUCUAUUUGUAACUCAGCAGCCCGAGGGCGAGUGUAGUUGGGGUAUGAUGGCAUGGUUCCCCGUGCAGUGUUUUUUUUCCUCAUCGAGUCCAUUAUUCAUGAGAGGAGAGGAGCGCAGCACUCUCUCUGGAGUGGCAGACUGCACUGUGCCACAGAUUCCUGUAGGCGCCCUUCUCGCCAUGUGCUCUCUCCAGGUCGCAGCCUGACGCACUUGGGGAGGACGGUCCUCUGCUGUCACACCGCCGUGGGAGGGAGAGAGAGGAAGAAAGAGAGGUAGAGGGGCCAAACUUUGCGUGAUUGUGCCUAAGACGCUUUUCACCUCCGCGAUCGCAGCUAAACAUACCUCCCCUUCUCAACACCCGGUCAGCAAAGCGAGGAUUCCCCCCCUCAGGAGAGACAGGGGCUGCAUCUUUUGAAGCCGUUCAUGCCGGAUAAAGUUUACGAGCUGCGUGGAAGAGGAGCGAGGGAAAAGUCUCGGCUGCGUACCUUUUCAAUAAACUUGCUGGGAAGUCACUUGUCGCCUGCCAACUGAAAUGGGCACCUUACGCGACCUCCAGUACGCGCUCCAGGAGAAGAUCGAGGAGCUGCGCCAGAGGGACGCGCUCAUCGACGAGCUGGAACUAGAGCUCGACCAGAAGGAUGAGCUUAUCCAGAGACUGCAGAACGAGCUGGACAAAUACCGCUCGGUGAUCAAGCCGGCGACCCAACAGGUCCACAAGCAGAACGAUCUGCAUGAGCAACAGCGGACGAAGAGGCAGGCGAUUUCAGCCGAACCCACCGCCUUCGACAUCCAGGAUCUUAGCCAUGUCACCCUGCCCUUCUACCCUAAAAGCCCACAGUAGGUGUCCAAAUCACAGACACACCAAAUCCACUUUCAUCCAUGAUAUUGUGCUUUGUUUUGGACGGUUGCUGUACUGGACUGUGAGUUCAUUCAUUCUUUGUCACCUUUCUAAUUCUUGUGCGUAAUUUGAUGUUUGACGCAGCAGGUCCAGCACCUGUAGCACAUGUGUAUGAGCUCUGUGACAAACACACAUACACGCACGUACACACUCGUGCACAGUAGAUAUAGGGGAACUGUGAUGUGAUGCCAGUCAGCUGUAAAAUGAGAAAAGGGAAAUAUCAGGAAGCUGUCAGUCAGCACAGUUAUCGAUAAGAUUAUCUGCAGCUCAGUGAUUGAAGGAUCAAUUUCAUGUUGGCCAAUAUCAGUUGGAUAAGGUGAGAUAGAAUGAAAUAUCAGCCACUGAUGGGAAAGUAUAGAUUUUGGGAGCUAGUGUUGAGCUGGUAUUUUAAUGUACUGAAGUCUAUUUUAUCCAAGCUGCGAUUCUGUGAGAAGUAUGUUUACAUUAAGCUCUGUCUGGAGAGUCUCCCUCUCCCUCUCUCUCUUCCUCUCUAACUCUUCUGCGAACCUCUGCUCAACUUGCUGUGCAACAGGAGGUCUGCCUCUCCAACCCCAAAACUGGCACAAAAAUAGCUCUGUUGGGAAAUAAUCCAGCCGUCUGUUGGGUUUGAACUUAGAGGUUGUGUUUUGAUGAAUCCAUACACAGCUUAUUGCCCCCCUGAUGUUCAGGAAGAACGUUUUCUUCCCUAAUCCUCAAGCAGCUGUGGACGUACUGAACAUAAUCAGUAUGUUUCCGAAACCUACCAGCUGUGAAAUGCACAGUUGGAGUAGCCAAGUCACUUAAAACUAAGCAGAGAAGUGUUUUAAAUAAAUAUGACUAACUGGUUUGUUUACUUUGAAUCGAUUUUAUUGUGUAAUGAAACAUUUCGUUCCUCACGCUGAUGUUUUGUUUGGACUUAAAAGAUAACGUCAGAUGAAUUUCAUUGUUCUGUGGAUGGGCGACCAAACAAAGCUUAAAGGGAUUUUAUGAAAGACCAUUCAGAAAUGAAGGGGAUUAUUUACCUGAGCAGCAGCAGACCAUUAGUCUUUGUUAUGCCUGUCAGGUCUGUGUUGGGGAAAAAUGCUAAAAGCACUCUUUUCUUCUCUGCUACUCUCUCUGUCUCUCUGCUGUAAAAUUAUUUGGUAAACCAGGAGAGGCAGUUUUUUUUACUCUUAUUUUCUUUUUCUAUUAUGAGAUCUCCUGAAGAGGCUUUUAAAGGAGAACUUGAUGAGAAAAAAAAAUCAAAUCUUGUCAUUUUUACAUUUUCAUACUCUCCUUACAAAAAGUUUAAUGUCUUGUCCAUUAAAAAAUCAAUGCAAACAUCCUCAAAUAUUUUGGUAAAAUGCUAAGUUUGCCUGAGAAAGUCCUAAAGUUUGAAACAGUGGCAUGACUGAUGACAAGAGAUGCUGAAACAUGUCCCUGUUAUCACAAUGAAGGGCUGUUUGUGUUUCUAAACCUCUCAAUUACAGUUUUUCACACUUGCCAUCCAGCAUAGGAUGGAAUUUUUAUUCAAUAUCUUCCUCUGAUGGGCUUUUGCAUAAGAGCAGACAGACUCUGCAUGCAAAUGACUUCAGCUUGUCUUGGCGCUGUUCUCGUAUUAAGUCAGCAUUUUUUUUAACAUAAUUCAGUUUGUUUUGACAUUUGUGACUGAGCAACGUGUAGAUGUUUGUCUUUUCCAACAGAAAUACCACAAUUAAUUUGAAUCCAAGUUAUUUUUGUGUCAUUCCAACUUUUGAGGGCUUUUCUUUUGUGUUCAUUAAGCUGAUAAAUACUCUCAGGGUAAAAACAUCUCAGCUACACUAACCCUUUGUUUAAGUGUAGAGCAAUACCUCUUAGAUUAGUCUGAAUGUUUACGUUAUUCCUUCAUUUUCGCCCACUUUAUCUACUUUAUGAGGCCCAUCAAACAUUUCUUACACAUACGCUCACCCUCAGUCUGCCUCCCGUUUCUGUUUGCCGCUCCCACUUCUCUGCCACCCCUGGUCUUUUUUCCCUCUAAAAGAGCAUAUUUUCUCCUUUUAAGGGAAGCUGAACUUGCUCAGCCCUAAACUUCACUGGCGGAUGAAGGCAAAUAUAUCAUCCUCACAAAGCAAGAGGAAGGCAGAUGUUUUUUAAAGCGUCUGGUUGGAAGACGUGGCCAUCGCGGGCUCCAGUCAGGAGGUCCAGAUCAGGGUUGAAAAGGCCUCAAAUCUCCUGGGUGAAAAUAAAACAGAGAAGGGUCAAUGAGGAUCAUUUCCCGAGGAGAGGCGAUUUACAGUGUCUUCCUGUGUGUUAUUUUUGAGAGACAGACAGAAAAUAAAACAAUAUCAACAGCGAAAUAAAUCUAGUGAAGAUUCUGACAGAUCCAAAAAUUGCUCCUCAUGUUUUUUCGUUAUAAAAUCCUUAAAAGCAGUCAAAAGAAAACUCAAGAUAAUUCUUCUCUCUACUGAAGAUUUGGAAAACACACUUUUGCCCAGCGGUCAUGUUGUGUGCCUCACGUAGAGGAAGCUUUAAUCUUUAAAGUGGGCGACCCAGGAUCCAUUCCAACUUAGGGCCCCCUUCCUUCAUGUAUCUCUGCACUAUCCACUGUCCUAGCCUUUCAGAAUAAAAGCACAAAAUCACAGACUGUAUGGAAAGCCAAACCUAGAUAAAACACCCCAGUCUUCUCUGCACAAUUCCCAAAAGCGACCAGUUCUUAUUCUCAAGGUGAGAAUAAGACAUAUCUAAGAAGGAACUUGAGGUAAUCCUGGUUUCUUUAUGGGUAUUAAGACCAGACUAUCCCAGGUUCAGGUCAGCUUAAAAUGCCUACCCUUUCGGAUACAUUUCAUCAUAUCUGUGGGCAGUCUCGCAUGUUUUUAAAAGUCACAGUCACAAAUGAUGGUCUGGUAAAAUGUCAGUGCCCUAAAAACAUCUUCUUCGAACAAUCGAAUGCAGUAUACUCACAUUCCCAAUCUGUCACAGAGGUAAAUCCACUGACCCAGAUAAAUCAUGUGAGAAACUUCCUUGAGGAACCAAAGUAGGACACUGUUUUUUUCUUUACAAUGGGCUCUAAUGUCUUAAGUAAACUAUCUUCUUUUUUUCCCAUAGACUUUGAAAUCCAGCUAAAAAUGCUGUGAAGUUAUUUAGUUUCUUGGUUUUAUCUGCAAGCAUCAGUCUAGUGAGAGAGGAAAAGUAAACUGUAAUGGGAUCCACAGGCCUUGAGACCCUAAUUGAAAAUUCAUCAGGCUGCUGGCUUCGAAAAUACACAUGAUAAAAUACACACCAUUGAUAAUGUAGCGUGCCGUUUACGACUCAAAACAAAUCUCAUUCUGCAGUGUAAAAGUGAUGCACUUGACUUCCCUGUAGAUGGUAGCCAAGGUUGGAAAUCGUAUUUUUAUGCCAGCUGCUUCUUUGUUGAGAUUGGCAUCUCUCACAGAUUUGGCAUUUUUCAUCUGAAAGAGCCACACUCUGCAGAUCCGAAAAGGCGUCUCAAGAAAAUGUAGGAGCAUUUGUGUGACCUUAAAAGUUCUGUAGUGACAGAAACGCACACACUUCUCAGCACAUCUAUCGAGAAAAAUGAAACCUGGGCACUGCUGGUAUUCCAUCAUGGCUGGUGGUGACGUUUUCUGCACCUUCAGUUUUUGUUUGUGUUGCUGUUCGGUGUGUGUAGGACAUUGCUGCAGGCUGGCAGCAGGGGCACAGAAAGCGUGUGUGUUGGUGGGCGUGCUGCUUCAUAAAUGCCCUCCAGGUUAUUUGCUCUCUUAGCUAUGAGCUCCUCAGGUGAACAGCUUUUGAAAAGGGCACCGAGCACUAAAAGGCAAGAGGCAGUUCACCACCAGCGCCUGCCAUCAGGGGAUAGGGAGCAUUUUCGGUCUGUUUUAUAAAAUAGGGGGACAAAAGCUCCACUUCUCAGCGGAGGGGGACUCCUUGUUGUAUUAACCUUGAUACAUAUCAUUACCCUCAUUCAUCCGGCCGAGGCUCACAGGAAGCGGGACUCUCCCUCUGAUGAUGGCAUGCCUCAGAAAGACUGAUCCUGACUCACUGUUUAGAAUCAGCUGUUUUGUCGUCUUUGUGUCCUCGAGGUCCAGAUUGUUGCUUGCUUUGGCUUUGAUGGUUUCAGCCUUCAUUGUGUUUAUAUGCUGUUAGGAUAAUAUACACCUUUCACGAACAAAUGUGCUUCCCCGGACUAUGUGUACUUAUUGAUUUAAAUGCUAAUUUGACAUAAUGCCCCUUUUCAUGAUCAUAUUUGUUCUGCUUUAGAGUGCUUUUUCUCCUGAACGCCUUGUGUAUCCAUACAGCUGAACAUAAGCCGGACAGUAAAUUAUAGUCUCGCCCAUCAUUGCAUAGUCGCUGCAGAAAUACCUACCUGUAGAAUGGCCUGGUGACUCGGCAGGCUGAAGGCUGAUUGGAUUUUUAGGAGUGCCCACCAGAAUUGAUAAAAUCUGCUCCCAGGUUCAGCUAUUUUUUUAAACAGCUCUGGUAUUCACUGUGAAUGAAAAAUGUUUACGUUGAUGCUCUGAAAUGAGAAAAUGUUACUUUCUAUAUGUUUAAAAAUUACCCUGUCAUAUGAUGGAAGUGAGUGUGCACAAGUGGUCUCAUUUUUACCUCCUCCUUAGGUCCAAGGAUCUGAUCAAGGAGGCCAUAUUGGACAAUGACUUCAUGAAGAACCUGGAGCUGUCUCAGAUUCAGGAGAUCGUGGACUGCAUGUACCCUGUGGAGUAUGGAAAGGACAGCUGCAUCAUUAAAGAGGGAGAUGUGGGCUCUCUGGUCUAUGUCAUGGAAGGUAAAAACACACAUGCACAGCUUGAAAUGUAUACUCUGUGGCAGCACAACAUAUAUUCAAUACAUGACAGCAACAAAGAGAGGAUGGAACAACCUCAAAGAAGAGUGGGUUAUUAAUAUUUUAGUAAAGGUUGAAGUGGAUCUAAAGGGCUGCGUCUAACUCCAAGAACAUCAUCAUGACAAUGACGGGGGGAAAAUGAAAGAGCAUUAUUGAUGGGUUACAGCUGGAUGAUGAGCUAAAACUGAGAACUGCAACACUUUCUGAUGCUGUAUGAUUCAUUUUCGUCCCAUCGAUUUUAUUUUGUAUGACGCUGUGUGCCUGCUGAGUGUUUUCUGCCUUAUUCUUUUUGGGCAGUAUUGUUUCAGCAUGUGGUUUUUCUUUUUCACUCUCCUUUUUAACAAGCAUUGAUAAUACUGAGUGAGAGCCCUGAUGAUUGAACCAACAACAACAACAACAGCAGAAGCAGCAGAACGUCUAGACCGGUGCUGAUGGAAUUUGUGAAAGGGCAUUUUUGCCUCAUGAUUUGUGAUUUGAGGUAGUGCGGUUCAAGUCUUAGGUCGUGUUCACACCUAAAGGUCCGUUUCCUGAUCGAAUCCAAGGCAAGAUGAUAUAUUUGUUUUGAUUGUUUAACUGGUUCGGUUUGCGUUCACAAAGGACAAACUCAAUCGCUCCAGAAAACGGACCCAGAAGUCACGUGACCAUGAAUAUCGUUUGGUUAUUGGUCAUUAGUUCAUGCGGGAAUACAAACCCCGCUCUGCUGUCUUCGCCUGUCAUGAAGCAUCGUAGGCUGAUUUUGCUUUCGCUACUCAUCUGGAGCGCGUAUUAGAAGACGCUAGUCAAUCGCGUGUAUGAACAGCUCGUUAGCCAGCGAGCGUGAACUGCGGCACUAAUUAAUACACUCCGGAGUAGACGUGCUGCAAACAACAGACGGAUAAAGACGAGACGGCGACAGGCAUUGAUGAGAGCCUACCACCGUUUCCUGUGAUUGGUGUGGAUGACGUCCACACCAGAAAUGAACCGCUCCAGAGUUCACUUGAACGCGGACAGAGAUCACCUCUUCAGGUGGACCAGAGUUCGUUUAUUUGGUCCGCACCAGAGUUCGAUGAACCGCAUCAAGGGUGUAAACACUCCAGGGUUCGGUUCAACCGGACUAUACAAGGGUGGUGUGAACACGCCUUUAAAGACUCUCCACAGCAGCAGGUUCAAGCUCAGUGAGAGUCCCCUCAGUCAAAACAUAACUGAUCAUUCUGUCGCAGUGAACUUCAUUAUCAUACUAAAGAUUAAAAUAUGAAAAAGAAAGAACAGAUCAAUUAGUGUUAGUGGCCUCUUUCUCUCUAGAGUGCCUUAUAACUCACACUUAACUCUGAUAUAAAAUUGCACUGGCAGAGAAACUCUGAUUACAACUCAAAAUGUUCCAAGACAGAUUUAAUUUCCUUUAAACUUUUAACAAAAUGUCAGGGCAGCAGCAGAGUAAGAAAACACAGAAACUACAAAGCAGGAGGCCUCAGUUUUGUUGGUAUAUAUAUAUAGACAGUGGCAUUUAAAGGUUAAUAUUUUACAGGGAGGAAUGUUCAUAUUGAUUGUUGAUUGUGCUUCUUACUGUUUUUAUGGGGUUGGCGAGACAUUUGCCGGAUGCCCCAUUUGGAAAAACAAAGCGAAAGAUAAAUCAGCGGGAAAGUAGAUUUGCAAAUUCAUUGUUUUAUUCAGCAAAAAGUUUCGAAUUCUUUUAAAAGAAAGAAAAAAAAAGAGAGACUCUGCUCUUGGCUUGACAGGUAAGAUUUGUCAAUCGUAAGAGGACUCCAGAGACAGGCAGUAGUCUGUUUGAAUGCCAACUGAAGUGUCAUGGCUGUUUUCUGUCUUUAUCUGAUCUUUGGUGAGUCACUGGGUCUGAAUUCAAAAACCUCCUGAAGGGGAGACCACGAACUGCGACUUUAAAGGUUACCGUAUCUGGGAGAUGACUCAGGCAUAUGGAUCAGUAGAGCAGCAAUAGUCUUUUACUCUGUUUUAUUAAAUAUGAUUUAACUGAAUAUAUAUAAUUGUGUAAAAAUUAUUAUUAAGGCACAAUUAUAGAUAUUUUUUUCAGAUCAGGGGAAUGCUGUUGGACUUGAAGGGAUAUUCCGGCGUAAAAUUAAGUUAGUCAAAAACACCGUAACACCGAGUUAGACACCCUCUUGAGAGAUGAAUGUUGCCGACCACUUGCUUCUCUAGUCGUCUAACUCAGUGUUAUGGUGUGUUUGACCCUAACUUAAUUUUACGCCGAAAUAUCCCUUUAACUCUGAGGCUCACAGAAUGGUCAGUACAUUCAGUCCCACUUCUCUUCUGCAGGCUCAAAAAAUGCCAAAAUGCUGUGAACAUUCACGGUGCCCAAAGCAUUUUAACCGAAUACUUUCCCUCUUGUUAAAGUGUAACUUUGCUUUUUAUGCCAAUAGAAAACUCUGUAAACUACUAAACGUCACAGUCAUGUAAGCUUGCUGACAGUGUAAUCUCACAGUUACAAGCUGAGCUGUAGACUCUAAUAGACUUUCCCAGUGCCCACACUUUGAAUACUGAGCACUUCAGCAUCAGUAAAUACUACUUACUGUUGUAUAAUGGUAUCAGUUUCAGUUAUCUGUGAACAGGCAUCAGUGGAGAAUGAAACAAUGACCAAAUAUGAGGACUCAGACUGUAUGGUUACACAGACCAAAGACUGUAGUUAUACACAGUCUACUGGUGUUGUUAAAAAAAAACAGUGAACAAAUACAUGGGCAGUUUUCAGCAUGUGUGUGUGUCUGCAGCAGGGAGUGCGCACUCCCCCUUUAUUUCAUCCGCAUACAUGAAAAGCCAAGGCUGGGAGAGCAGCAUCAAAGACCCCAGGUGACACGACACAACAAAGCAGGCCACGGUGACACUGCAUAUGACACUGAUCGAAUCGGACAGUCUAAAUAAGGAGCUGGGGUAGCGGCUGCUGAUGACGCUGUAAAAAGAAAGACUUACUGAAGCAAUUUAAACAGAUUGAAAUCCAUUUUGACAUUUGCCAAUUGGAUGUGUAGAAGGUGAUUGGCUGAGCUGUCAGCUGAUGUGGACUGUUGUUAAAGUCAGAUGGUAUUCUUUGGUGCUUGAGCUUGACUUUUGUGGCCCGGCUGAACAAACACUAUGCUCUACCUUAAAGGAUCUUUGUACUAUCUCCACUUGCUUUCGCCUCCCUGUUGUAAAAAAGACAUCAUGUAUCAUUCUUAUCAAUAGACAGUAGAUAUAAGUCAGAUAUGUAAAAAAGUCUAACAUGUAACUAGCUGAAUGCAAAUAACAUGCAAAGCACAACUCCAGCCUGAACAACCGUGACCUGACAUGAACUUUGGGAGAGUAGUGGAGGCUUCAGUAAAAGAAGGUAUCGUAUCUUGAAUUCAUUUGGAACCAAUAAGGGAACCCACAUUGUCAAUUAAAGCAUCACAUAAAUAAGCGUAGUUUUCGUGGAGAUAAAGGGUAUGAGCCUCCAGACUCUGAGAACACUGGCCAGUUCUGCAGGUGAGUCUCUGUGGUGUUAAAAGAUGUGAGUCUUCCUACUGGGUCACAAAUGAGCAAGCGUCACGCUGACAUGAUGAAUGGGUUCCUCUUGAGCUCAACAGUAAGACAGAGACAAAAGAUACAAAUCAGUAAGAGGAGUAAUUGUUACGGGGCUUUGUGAUUUCCUCUCUGACAGUGACUGAGAAAAGAGCUGGUGUAUUUGGAGAGAUGCACUCCAAUUCAAUGGUGGUCAUAUGCCUUUAAUAUAAAAAAAAACCUGGUAAAUUAUUUCUAGUUUUUCAACACACAGUCAUCUUAACAGAUGAAUAUCUGUGGCUGCUACUUAACUUUUUCCUGCUUGACUUUCUGUUUGUCUCCCUUUCAUUCCCCCCCUCUCUAAGCGUCCUUUGCCUGCAGUUGUCCCCCUAUCUGUCCUCAGCCUGGUCCUGUUUUGCAUAUUAAAAACCAAUGUUAAAAGCAUUAGCCCUAGGGGAGAUGACGUUGUGCCAAGGUCUGUGGAAGCCCAUCACAGUCUGUGACUUUGUAAUCCGUGCUGACAGGAAGUCUUGACUCCACUAAGUUAUGUCAAACACACAUUGUAUGUCAUUUCCCUGGCAAAUUAAGUGCUCACCACCCAGGCUUUGGUGCCAUUUCUUAUUGAAGCAUGGCAGGCUAAUCAUUAACAUUUUGCCGUUUUGGGGCUGACAGCAUUUGUUAUGCAUCAUGUGCUUCAGUAAAUACAAUACAAAUAAAGUCACUGAUAGCGCGCUACAUCAUUUUGUCUUCAAAAUAACAGCAACAGCGAAUAAUGAAAACCUAUUUUACUCCGGUGACUGACAGGAAUGAACAUUUUUAAAGCUGAACAGUAAAAAACUCUCACUAUUGUUGAAGAUGCACCUGGUAAUUAAGAACCAGACAGAGCAGGAGCAGCACAAACAGAAUAGAUAACUCUCUGUUAUGGUGAUGCCGCCUGUUUGGCCAUAGCCACCGUAAUUAAUGUUUGUAUUAUACCAGUCACUUCCACUGGGCCGUAACUGACACCAGCCCUCUUUAAAAUACUGAUUGCAACAGAGACAAAAGCUCAUGUUUCCAUGGAGACAGGCAAGGUUUAGGAUUGGAAGUGUCGUCCGCGAAGACCCGUACAGGUGGCUAAUGAUGAUAACAACUAAUAUAAUCACAUUCAAUUACCAUCAAGCAUUUCCUCGACAGUGAAGCCCUCAUGAUUUCCUCCACAGUCAUCAUUCAGCUUAAUGUACUGUAAGUGUUUAAGGCGAACACAAAUUGGUAGCUUUGGCACUUUAUGAUGUGUCGGAAGCUGACAGACGGAGUGUAGGUAAGCUUAAUAGGCUGUACAUUGAGCUUUUACUCUGACCAAAGAGAUUUUUUAAUUCAUUUAAAUGAAAAAAGACAUUAAAUACGGGGUAUUUAACUGUGUUGUAUGAAGAGCGGAUAAUUACUGUCAUAUCAUUUACAAGAAGUGUCAAGAUCAUCGCCCAUUUCAGAUGUAAGGACAAAAAAUGGACUCACAGUAAUUGACUUUUAAAGCUCAAACAGAUGCCUCUCUAUGAAAGACAGACAUAAACAAGACCACCAGCAACAAGACUAACAGUUUCUCUAUUGAAAGUUUUAAUGCUGUAACCGCUGGGAGAUGUCUCUGGGAGAUGUCACGCUAUCAGAACAGAACCCUAAAACAUUUUGUUUUCCUUUUACCUUUCCCACAGCAAAGAUUUACAACCAGUGAUAAAACUUGAUUUUAAAAUAAAGCAGAAAGUCAGAAACUGUGUAGAAGCAGCUGUACAAGUGUACAGCAAAAAAUCAGCAAAGAGGGUGUGCCGAAUUCAACACAAAGAAAGUUCCUCUCGUUAACAAUUCUCUCAGAAUUUCUAAAUAAACUUAAUACUUGGUUGCCUUUGGAUUUAGAUGUGUAUAAGGAAUGCCCCGAAGCUCCUUAUCACCAAGUCAGAAAUUUAGAUUCCAACAAAGCAGCUCGCCUAAAGGUGAGAGGAAACUCCGCAUAUUGAGCAAAAUUUAUUGAACAUGGCCAAACACAGUCUGCAUGUAAACAAUGUCAAACUGGUUUGCUGUGUGUGGCUAAGGUUAGAGCCUUUGGUUCCCCCUACAGGUCAGAUUUUUCAUGCCUGUGAUAUUUAGUUCCUACAUAGCACAAAUUAAUGGAUCAUUCUUAACUAUUUAAGAUAUUUGAGUGAUACGGUUUUAUAUAUGGGUUAAACUCCGAGCUCUGUUUCUGUCGUACACUAAAACAUUGAACUCUUUGACCUUUAUUCAAUCAAUACUUUGUACGAAACGAACAUGAUAAAUCUCAUUUCAGCCGGAAAAAUCAUUUUUAUGCUUUAAAACAUCAAUAGCACUAAAACAUCCUUUGUGUUUGGCAUCCAGGCUCCAACCUCUCUCACUCUUCGCAGUUUUACUUUAACACGCCAAAAUCGAGGAGUGAUGAGGUAAUAUUACAACAAACACAGCCUUCAGGUGGAUGCUGGAGUAGUAGGCUGAAAAUGUGAAGCACAGCACUUAAGUGUGGCAGCAGAGGUGAUGGCAAGCAGAGGCAAGGGAGUGGAAAAUCUUGCAGCUUAAACAGAGCGCUCAGUUUGGAGUGUGUUUGUCAGGUGAUUGUGAGAACGAUGCAUGUCAAGUGUGAAAUCAGUGCAGCUCGAGUUGACUGCCUGAACUAGCUCAAAGGAUUCGCUCCAUUCUCCACCUUUCAUGUCCCAGACAAAAAAAGAUAUAAAAAGAAAAGAUACAAAGCCAGACGAGGAAAGACAAAACAGAGCCGAAUGAAACAACACCAACUGAUGAGAGACAUGUAAACAAUGAGAUACCAUCGGAGUCCCAAAAUAAAGACAGUAAGUCUCAUGACCAAAACGGAUAAAAGAAAGUGCUUUUAUGUUUCUAACCGUACCAAAAGAGCAGUGUCAUCUCACUUUUCAUUUGAUUCAGUAUCUCUUGAGUGCAGUAAACCCUUCAAUUCAAUGCCUUCAAUUAAGAGAUUUGAUAAAUUUCCCCAGGAAUAACAGACCAAUCUUUUUACUCGACUUUUAUAUGAAAGUCGUGCCCCUCUUCUUUUUAACUCUGCAUGAAUUAGUGAUACCGAUUCUGAAUCAUGUAUUUCUCUCCUAUUUGUUAUCUGUAAGAGAGAUCUACUCGUGCGCCUUAAGUUUGUUUUAUUUAUUAGUUUUCUAAGUAUACCAGAAGGGUAGAAGAGCUCAAAAUCCCAAGUGUUCGUAGUGCACUGACAGUUUGUUUGACAAGCUUCCCUGUUCUAGGCAACUAUUGAUGUAAUGUAGGCCAUUUUAUUCAACCGGAGCUGUUCAGAGGAUUCGAGAAAUGCCCUGGAUUUGACAUUUUCACAACACAAAUUGGAUAGAUUCCCAAUUAUUUUAUUUGACCUGCUGUUAGGUAAGGCAAAUUCACUAUUCUGACAGAUUUCUCUGAGAAGACUUGAGGUUUGAAGUGAGGCUUAAAUGCCAUCCUUUAAAGUCUGAAUGACAGAAACCAACAAUGUGGUGCGUUGAGGCUCUUACUGAACUGCUCCGCCAGUCGUUCUCUUCUUGCUGCAGCCUUUACUGAGAUAUACCUCUGAAUAACAAUGAAUAGAAAUGUUUACCCACUGUGGCUCCAGAGUUUCUUCCUACAGUUUUUGAUGAUUCCUGACUCCUUAUGAUAUGACACUUAAGACUUUUGCAGUAAAUUUGAAUGUGUACGCAAACACCCCUUACUCAUCUGUUUGCAUGUCCCUAUAAUCAAAUAUAAACAGCGCUGGGAAAUGAGAGGCACAGGUGUCUGUUUACAUUUCAUUUCAUGCCAUGUUUUAUCCUGUUAUAAUCCCUUUUAGCUUCUGCUAGCACCUUAUCAACACUCUGUCACCUUGUACUCUACCUUACAGGCUGAUUUAUUAAAUCCUGACGGGAAAACAGAUCAUCAAAGACUCUCAGUAAAUACUGUUUUAUUUUUCAUACUAAUAAGGGAGUCAACAGAUGGGGUAUAAAUGUUGAAGUUCUUGUUGGAAUUAACCGGAUGUAAACUUUUUGACGGAGAAGGAAGAAGACAAAUUUCUUGAGGAGACCAAAUGAAUAAAUGUCUCUGUCUGAAAUUCUGACAGCAGUUGCGCUUUAAAAAAACUCAUCCUCUCCUUUUGCUAUCGACUUAGGUCUUCAGAGAGAAGCCCCCCUCACGCUCCAUGCUCACUGACCAAUGAGGCGUCAUAAAGAGAGAUGGGCUCCUCUCUCAUUUUGAGCAGGGCUCAGAUUUGUAAUCAACCAGGGCACCUGAGUGUGACUCGAUGUCAGAGGUGUGAAAGGACAAGAUAUGUAAAGCAAAUUAGAAACUGGUAUUGCUCUCGCUCCUACUGCUGCUUCUUCUGUGUCUAGUUAUCAGUGCUACAACUACCCCAGCCACUGCCGUAAUGAACUAUCCGCUGAUCUUUGUAAUUGUUAUUAUUAUAUAUUCGCAUAUUAAUGAGAUGAUAUGAAGACAGGGGAUGCACUGGGUAACAGAAACGUGACUGCACAAAUCCACGGCACUGCUUUGUUGCCUGGCAACUUAACUAAUGCAGCUCAGCAAAGUAAAAUGUUGAGGCUCACAGAUUUUGGUUUGAUUGCCCCCAGAGAGUACAGCAUGUAGCUUGCACUCAAUACAACAACUGCUGCCCAUUGUAUCCUGUCUGCACUGUGCGGCAGCCAAUUGUAGUUUAUAAUGAACCUUAACCUACUGCAGAGGCUCAGACUCACCUCAUCUGCUGAGCAGGCCGCCCAGGGAACUCAUUUUCAACUACUUUGGACUAAAAUCGAACAUAAGAUCGACUCUGAGUGUAUGAGCGAGUGUGUGUAUUCUUGCUUAUGUAACCUGGCACGCAAUACCUUCAUUUCCCUGAGAUUGAGUCACAUAUAGUUACCCCUCAAGGCUAUCGGCUCUCAUGAUAACUCUAAUGAGGCUCUCAGCGGAGGUUUAUUAAGGUGUCAUCAGGGGGAAAAGGUGAGGGGUCCGUAAUUGGACUGACAUUUAAACACUCGCCAAGAGCGAACACACACAUCAGAAGAAACUGUUAGGUUCAGGUAGCUGUUGAGGUCAACCCCCUUUAAUGAUAUAGAAGCAAGUGCAGAGACUGACAAGUUGCACGUUAUUAAGUGAAGUACACGUGUAAGGACAGUUUUCUCUGCUGCUGCCACCUGCGAUUACCUAACCCUAACCUACUCAUUUAUGGAUUUACACACAGCUUUGGAAUUUCACAUCUUCUCAUAGUAAUACCCAGAAUAAAGAUCCCACCAGAAUUAAAUCUGUUUUGGAGAUCAUACAGGUGGAAAAAGGUCUGAACUGUCUUCCUGCAAGACGAUUUCAGUUUAGCAGAGUCUGUAACAAGCAGCUUCUAUGCAGAUGUGUCGCUCUCUCUGGUACCACCCAAUUUUUGCCCAGUUAAAUUCUGCAGUCCACAGUAACCAGGGGCCAAAUUUUCAAUCCCAUCAGUCGCUGUCAUGACGGUGCAGGCUUUGGCGAGAUUAUGGCAUUAUCCUCUUGGUAAAACAGCUCUCUCUUUAUUUCAUACUGGUGUAUUGGUCAGACUAGUAUAAAGGAUGUGACCUACAUUGGAACAAAAUAAAAGGUAUUAAAAGUGAGACAUCUACUCACUGAGUAGAUGACCCUCAUCAUUCUUAUCAUUCAUACCCUGAAUGUGCAUGUGUUUAUGUUAUAGCCACUUAAAUGAAAUCAUUAGUGAUGCAUUAGACUGGAAAAAGACAUUAUUGUAGAAGUGUCUGCAGAGACAUAUUUGACUUUAUAGGGUCUUUAAAGAGGAUUUCAAAUGAAAACCUGUGGUUAUAGCUUUAAUAAAGAGAAAUCCUCCUUAUAUCCUGCAGUGUAGAUCAGUGCUCUGCUAGAAAUGGAUAUUUUCAUGGGUGAACAGCAGUGAAAUGGAGUAAACAUGCUGGAUUUGCUAACAAACAACAGCCUAACGAUCUCAGAUACUUCUAUCAAUAAGAGUACGUAUAACUCUGGCUAAUGUGCUAUUUAUGUGCAAAUAAUGUGUAUGCGUGUGUUGCAGCCUAAUCAUCUCACCUGCCCAGAGAAGUGAAUCUCCAGCCUUGAACACUGCAUGAAAAUACUCUUUCUCUGCCAAUUGUCUUUUUCCAUUUGCCCCCUUUGUAUCUACUUAGUUCCCUUUGUCACUUUCCAUUUUUUCAUCCCCCCCUCUCUCACACACACACUCACGAACACGCACGCAGGUACAAGUUAUCAAUUUAAGAUGCUCCAACACACGACCAGAGAAAUACUAUCAGUCCUCCUCACAUUUAUCGACGUUGACUGACCCCCGGUCUGUCCCUUUUCUUUCUAUCUUUAGCCAUCACUUCUUCUCCUCCUCUUCUGUCUCAUUCCUCUGCGUUGAUCUUUACACAUCACACCUCAUUCUCAUUCACUUUCUCUUUUUAUUCUCUGCCCUUUUACUUCCUUUUCAACCACUUUCAGCGCCUUUUUUCUUUUCGUUCAUAGGUGUCAGAUGGCUUUUGUUUUUUACCCCUCUGAAACCGAGAGUAAGAAUUGAUCCCUAUUUUCACUCCACCGAGGCUGAUGAAUACACCUCAGAGAAAGAAUUAAUGAGUAAUUUGUGAAUGAUCUCUGAGCCUUUACCCCUUUUGUGGCUAACCUUGCCUUUCAGAGUUCAUCAUCUGGAAAGACGAUAAAAACGGUGUGUGAAAGUGUGUGAGUCUGUGUGUUUGCGACAUGAAAGAAAAAGAAGAGCACGGAGAGGUAGACAGACAGACGGAAAGCGCUCACAGGCACCGUAUGAGCUGAAUAUUAUGGUAAUGUCGGGAAAUCUAUUCUUUUCUUCAACUUAGGAGGGUAUACACAGCAUGUAGUUCCUGUGUUGCUGCGAGUGUGUGCGUCUGUGUUGGGAGUUGGUGGUCACAGACUUGGAGUAAUGCUGAGAGUCUGCUCUGACUGGAUAAGCUCCGUGUUUGCAGAGGUUCCAACUUGAGGAUACAAGAUAGGGCAUGAGUAAUCUGCUCUGCCACAGUGACAGACAAAUCCCCCUUCACCCCUAGACGAGCAUGUGCACAACAUACACAAAGACUGAAUGUACUGUAUGUACGAGUGAAAAUAGUGGCAGACGUAUGACAAAGCUGCUGCAGGCACUUUUGCUCUAAAUAACGUCAUUACCUCAGGUCACCAUAACAAUUUCUCUGUGCUCUUCACUUCAUUGUGCACACCGAAGGGAACCGAAGUACAAAGACCUUGAGGGUCAAGUUUCUUUAAUCUUUGUUGCAGGAAUCAAGGUUUUAAGUUAAGGGUUUCCUUUAAAAAUUUCUCUUCUCUCUCUCUGCAGACUUUUUAUUGAGUCUCUUGAGUUUAAAUUCAUCUCUUUGAUCUUCUUUUUGAACUUUGAUUGCCUCUGCAAAAUACUCAGGCCCCCAGCAGGGAAUCGUUUUUUUAGUGGCAACAAGUACAAAUCACUGUCGCACGAUGACUUUGCUUGUGGAGUUUGCGCGUGUCAAGUGUUGAUGGACGCCUGUGCGGAUACAAGUGGCAUGUCGCUGCUGCAUAUUGAUGAACUCAAUUUUUCGGACAUAUGGAAUUUAAAUCUUGAUGACAGUUAUUUUAUAAAAGUUGCAUAAGCUGAAGAGGUUGAACUGCACUGCAAAUUUACAACUACAAGAUGUGAGGUUUGACAAUAUUGAAAUGAAAAUAAUAAUAAAAAAAACAGUGUACGAGGCUUUUAAGCAUUUGCACGACAGCUCCCCCCAAGUGAUGCCAAAACAUUUGCAGCCCCACUGACUGACUGCAGUAUCACGCCACAUCUUCCAUAUUUAUAGAUGUAACAGAGUCAGGCUUUAAAAUUUAAAACAGCACCAAACAUCCUUUCAGUCACAGCGGUUAGUGCUGACUCUUGUUCGAGUGUCUGUUUUCCAAGAAAGCAAGUUUCAAUUUGAUGCUGGUGAAGAAGAGAGGUUGUAAGAGAAAACAUAAACACAGACACAAGCUAUUGAACUUUCAGUCAUCAUGAAUGUCUCCUUGAAGCUCGUAUAAGAAUCUAUUAUGGUGUUGUUUGAGUGGGUCUGAAGGAUUGUUCCAUUACUAAGCUAAACAUACAUUUCUGCAUAUGACUUGGUUUUAUAGUAUGUUAUAUCACUACAUGUCAGUACCUGCUGGUAUUGAGGCUUAAUUUUAUUUUAUUUUUGUAGUGAAAGAAGAUGACGUCUUAGAGCAUUAAAGGUGUGGUAGGCAUGAAUCCGUUAAAAAAAAACAUGUUUUUUGUGGUGUUUAUACAAAAAAGCUUUUAAUGUCAGUCAAUAGCUAUUAGUCACUGAUGACAUUUGGUAAUAUAACAAUAUCGCUGUGUUACAAUAUCGGACAGUAGAAACCAACCAGAAAGUACAGAAAAUUGUCUGACUCCUCCUUUAGCCACGACUGCCGACACAAGCAAGAAAACGAACUAAAUACAGGAGACUCUGGCGGAACAAUGGGCGCUUAAAAGUAGGUAGACCACCCGGACAGGAGCUAAAAACAGCCGGGUCAACAAUGAUUGGGAUCUUCCAGACCCUGCAACGUUUCUGCUUGACACGUAAACCGCUUUAACAAAGUAAGCCAAGUGUCUGUAACAGAAGUGUUUCUUGUCAAACGGGACCUGCUGCGUGUUGUAGCGCCACUAAACUGUUAACCUCGGGUCCUGGACUAUGUCACUUUAUCCUAGUUUUAGAAGUCCUGCAAACAUUGUGUUUGCUGGUAGUCUGUUGGCAUCUACAGUAGCACCGAUGCUUUUUACUUUCAUGUUGACUGGGCCCCAUUUGUAAUUAUCUGAAGCAUUUAUCUGCAUUAUAUCUGAAUUAAAUUAAAACGAUACAAGCGAGCAAAGCAGAGACAGAGGGGAGAGGAGGAGCUGAGGGGAAAACUGGUUGGGGGGGAGGGGGGGGUUUACAUUCAGGAUUUCUCCCAAAUACUUUAACUAUGUUGUUUUUUAACUGAAAUAACUAAAGGGAUUCCUUCAGCUCCUCUCAAUCACCAUCAGAAGGUCAAAAAAGAUUUUUUAAUAUUUCAUAGUAAUGUACAGAUUCUCACAAAAAUCACAACAGCCUUUUACGCCUAUAAGCACGUAUAACGCUAUAUUCAACUUACCAAACCCCCAGAACUGUCCCAAUAGAAAAAUUUUUACUUACCUGAAGAGAAUUUAAACUUUCCCGUAAUCAAGAUGUUUUUUCUUCACCUUCUUCUUAUCGUCACUGGAAUGACAGGAUGCCAUUAACCUCAGACCCUGAGAGCAACAAUAUGGAUCACGGUCAAAAUAGUGCAGAUUUGGUCUCACAGAAAUACCUUAAAGGACCAGGAUCCUCGACACUGCAUUGGGAUUUCAUGCCUGCUAGAAACCUGAAGUGCCAAUCAGUCGGAGAAAGUCAGACGAUAUAAACAUGAACAGGUCAGAGUGGAUUGAUUAACAAUCUUCUGUCUGUGGAAGUACUUUUUGUGACUAGACUGAAUGAAGUUGUGACUGUUUUACAGAGUUGAUGUCUUCUGCUACCACGUCCACUCUGCAUAGGCAUUGAUUCCCUUGUGCCAGGAUGUAAUUUGGGCAAUUAAGUGCAACUAAAAUCUCUGUGUGAAGAGGAGUUUUAGAGGAGAUUUUCGACAUCGUGCUCGAUCAAUGUCGGCAUGCGUCGCGUCCAAGUGCAACCUCAUCUUGUGAAUAAUUGUGCGUGCAGUUCAGUGUAUGUAAACACUCCGAGUCUAAAUUACCCUUAAAUACCUUUUCUUGUCUGUGGGGAACAGCAGGUCACUGAAAUGAAAGCAGACUACAGUAUUGACAGAGGGCUAUUGUUGGAGUGCUUUAGAUGCCACAUUAAUCUGGAUUCUCCUUUUGAAGCUGCCUAAUUAAGUCCCCUCUGCAUAAAAGAUACACUGCAGUAUGUGCACAUGGCAUGGAUGCUAACUGCUAAUUACAAUUUGUUGUGAUUUGGUCUGAAUACAAAAUGAUCAUUUUCUCUGCCCCUUGCAAAGGCUAUCAAUCAGCUUGUCAACACAGGGGACAUAAUCACUAUUUGAUUACAAGGACGGGAUAAAACCAGGCUGAUUAUAAAGUUUUAAUGAAAGCAGGGAUAGGAGAGUUGUCCCAAACGGCGGGAAUUUUACUGUUGUGUCUCACCUUACAUGUCCUUUUAGUUUGGUGAUUGAAAGUAUCCUUAGUAAGAGGCUGAACGGCUCUAAAAGUAGCCCCAAUGGUAAAAGAAAUUACCCUUGCUGAAUCCCUGUUUUCAAGGAAAAAUGAUGCAAAAUGAAUGAAACCAGCUGUGCUCUACAUCCCGUUGAGAACACGCAGUUCAGAGUCUUUAUGUCUCUAAAACCACUUGAACAAAACGGCGGUGUGCUUUUAUACUGCGCUGAUGGCAGUGUAAAGUACUCUCAUUGCAUAUCAUGAUUCCCAGAACAGCUCACCUAUAGGAUCAUAUGUUCUUCCUUUUCCCUUUCCCAAGCUUCCCUGGUGUCUCUCUGAACUCUUCCUUUUUAGAUCCCUUACUUUAUUUCACUCAUCUCCUCUUGUCUUUCCCCUUUGUGGCUUCUGUAAUAAAAAUGGCAAACAUUUAAGAAGACACUUUGACGUCAGCCCGUUUACUUUCAGAUCCAAUCCACAGAGCUGUGCAUGCAAAGCUGUCUGCACCUGUCAAUUUCAAAAGGAAUCGUGGCACCAGUACUUUUCUGGCAAGUCAGAUAAAGAAGGAAAGUGAAAUGAGUGCACUUCAGCCAUAAAAGCUUAAAGACUGCCACAACAGUCAGUCAGAAGAUGUUAAGCUCAACUUCAUUUUUGAAACUACUCCAUUUACUUUUUAUGCAGUUAGAGUUGAAGAGAAAAAAUAACUGACAUGACCGUAACGAAGAUCUAUGUGACUCACAGGAGGCUCGUCUGUAUCAGACCUGAUCGCUCCCUCUCCCUCUCAUAAUUCAGUGACAGCUGCAUUUUGGCAUUAGUGGAUUUCAGCUGGAAAGUUCAGAAAUGGCUAUCUCCCUCUGGCACCUUCAAUCUCCAAGACACCUAAAGCUGCAGAAAGCUACCUGACUGCAUCACAGGUUUGUUGACAGAAAGUGGAUAUCAGUCAAAAACAUAUUUGUUAGAAUGAUUCACACUGCGGACCGUGGACAGCGGACUUAGGGUUUAAAUCCAUCUGCCUUUUUGUUCACUGGGUGCUGCUAUCCACUAACCCCAAUGACUUAAUCCUGUGGCUUUAAAGAGCCAGUUGUAAAUUUAGGAAGGAGAGUACGGCAAGCAGUAGUACAAUGAUGAAGCAGUAAUGUUGAUGGGUUGUCAAUGUUGUGAAUGUACUCUUUGUUUCAGGGCUAAGAAGUCAUUUAUCAAAUCAGGAGGUUUUUCCCUUUGAAUGGUUCGCAGAGUUUAGUUUUUCCUCUUUUGUGGACGCUCAAACUUAUUGUCUGAUUUUUUUUUUCUUUUAAGAAAAAGCCAUCAUAAAUACUAAUUACCGAGCUCCCCUAUUAAUCACCAAGCUGUGUUAAAUACCUGACUGUGAUUUGUCAAAGCUCCAUGACAACAGUUAUUAAUUAUGAAAAGCAAAGGCAAAACUAGCGGCAGUCUGAUCAUACAUAUAUCAAUCAGCGGAAAGAAGUUAUGGCACAUCUGGUGAACUAUUUAUGGUUUCACCUCCUUCUGUUGACAGUCUGUUAGGAACUCAAAUUUCCAAAAGCUUGAUUGACAAGUGGAGAAUAUUCUUGAUAUUACUUUGGGCCUAAGUCUGACCAGUCAGAGAGAAGACAAGAAGAAGGAUAACUGUGCUGAAAUUAAGAAGUGAUGUUACAAUACUCAAGGAGCUUAGUUAGAGAGACAUCAAUCAAAUUGAAGAAAACAGACAUUAAGCAACUACAAGCUGCCUCGCAGAAUAGGCUUUGGCAGGGCAGUUGAGAACGGCGACAGAAAAACUGCUGGAUGACUGUGGCUUAAGACAGUUGAGUUAACUUUGAUAUCUAAAAAUUAAACUGGAUGAUUUUGCACCUAUUAUCGGAGCUUGGAUCAAGAAUAUGGCACAAUGUAUGUCAAUGGAAAAAAUUACAUAUACCCUGAAAAACAAAUUGGCACUUUAUGAGGAAAUCUGGAAACCAUUUGAUAGCUGUAUCGAGAAUGGGGAUAUUGAAGGGCUAUUGGGGGGGGGGACAAAUGGUAAAAAAAUGACUUUUGUAAUAUACAAUUACAUUACAAAACUGUCUGCAUAUUGUGAUAUGAAAGUCAAUAAAGAUAUUAUGAGGAAAAAAACAGGAUCAUAUUAAGAUGAAGGUUGCACCAGGAUGACAUUAGUUUUUAUGUGACUCUGACCCAAGAGCUGGCUGAUGGUAACACUGUUGCCACAAAAGCGCUACCAACAAAUAAAACUACAGGACGACUUUUUUAUCUAACAUUAUCUAAAAUGUAAUUUUGUUUCAUAUCCAGAUAAUAAGCUGAAUAAUGGAUACUUAGACGAUGGUUAAGUAUAUCUCUUGACCUCCAGUUUUUCUCCUUUUUGCCUCCAGUUAUUACUAUGACGUUAUUGUGACGUUAACCCGACAAGGGUCUAUAAGCAUCAGGGUCUUGAUGAUCCCUGUCUUGGUUCCAUUUCACAUAAAUAUCAGUGAACUGUACAAUGCUUAGCUCUGUUAAAUCAACCGCUCAGUCCUGCAUUGACGUUUAGAUUUGGCUGCUAUAUAAAUGCUCUUACGCUGGUUUUACAUUCCCCACAUGUCAAGCUACAAUUUGCUGAAUUUAGUCUUGUAAUGGUGUGAUUAGAGUAGGUGGGGAGCAGCUGCCUGUGGCAUAUAGUACAGGUUGUAAGUGGGAUCAGUUGUAGCUUUUAGCUGUCACAGCUCAGUGUGUAGUCUAUUCAAAAUACCAAAUGCCAACAUGCUAGCGUUGAAGGUGCCGAAAAUAACCACCGACUGUCUGACGAUAUCCUAACAUUUCCAUUCUACCAGAAAAAGACGACUCAUCUUUCAAUCAGACUCCAUUGUGGGCUCUUCUCUCCAUGCUCAUGAUCCUGCUGCCUGUGUUCUUUCAGGCUUCAUUUGUACAAACAAGGGUUUUCUGAAACAACAAUACUCAGCAUUUGUCAUUUCCUGUGCCGGGAUGCUUUGAACGUAAUACAAGCCUCAUUUCCAUUCCGAGCCUUCCUGCCUGAUUAAUAACACAAAAGUGCUUUUACUCCCUUUCUCUCAGCCUUUGUGGUAGCUUUCACGGUUGGCUUCAGCCCACAUCCAUAUUUUCUUAAACUGAAGCGUUUAUUUGUUCGUAUAUGGAGCGAUAAAUAAUGUUUGACUUGUGCAGCUGCUGAACAUUCUCGUCCUUUCUGUGGAGCAUAGUCACUGUGCUGUGAUCGGGGGGGUGGGACACAUUUUAAACACUCUUGAUUAAUUUAAUGAAAUACUGAAACUCGAAGCCAAACAUUUAGAUUUUGUGAUUUUGCUGGAUGUGGAGAAGAGUUCUGCACUCACCUUCAAGAUCUUGUCACUCCUUUUCUGAAGUUUGCCCUCUGUCCUAUUUCAUAUUUCAUUUCUCAAACUGCAAAGCAAAAAAAAACCCAAAACAUUUUUCCUGCUGAAAGUGUUUUGUGAGAGGUCUUAUUGUAUUCUUUCAAAAAGAGGCUGAAGAAAUAAAUAACAGCUCAGAGCUGAUGUUUUAUCAAGGACUGUCAUUCCAGGCCUAUCUCAGUCAAAUUUUGAAUCGAAAAAACUUACAAAAUCAUUCAAACCUAUAUCUUUUUCUCGUAAAGAGAUAAAGAAAAGAUGGUGAUUUCUCAACGCAGGAAUUUUCUGAAACCGUUUCAAUCCCUGCUGAAUAGAUCUCAUGCUUGGUCUAGUUUCUCUCAUGACUUUUUUCUCUGCACUACCAUUCAAACUGUCAGACAUGACUUGACUCACCCUUUCACAGUCGACCACCACUGACCUGUGGUCAGAGCUGUCAAAUUAAACUUUGUUCCAAAAAGCUUCUGUGGUAAUGAAGCCAUUUUCUAGCUAGUGGAAGUAGAAUUUAACAAUGAUCUGCUUGAUCUUGCAUUAGUGUUUCUGUACUGCUUUAAUGGACAGGGCUACGUUGUGUAAUCUGACCCUUGAAUAGCGGCGGAAGAGUGAGGCCCAUAUGGAAACGAUGGUUGUUGCAUGUUAUUCUUUAGGGCUUUAAACUCCCCCACAUCCUGUUUCAUGAUGCUCGUGUAGUGCUGCUUGAGAAACAUCAAAACUAUCAAUGGAAGAAGGGAGGGAAGGGUUGAAACAGAAUCCCCAGUCUAACCCCUGAGUCUUUAUUUAGAAGCAGGAAUCGUUUUGUGUAAAAGACCACAUGGAGGUUAAUAAAUGUCCUGCUUUUCCAACGCUGCAAGCGGAAGCGCCAGUUAGUAGAUUAAUCAGAGAACUGCCUUUGUCUUUAAUCAUUUUAAUUGUAGCUGUGGUGGGUUUGUCUAAAAGACAAAUAUCUCUCUUGAAAAUAAUACUGAUGUAAACUAUUUAGGCCAUCCCUGUUAAGGGGGUUAUCCAUAUGGCUUUAUCUGUGUAGUCUUACAUCUUUAGAUCCAGAUUAUGUCAACCCAAAUAACAGCAGGUCUUUGAUUUGGAUCAUAGUCAGAAUCAUAUCUGAUCUUGAGCCAGAGGGAAGUCUGCCAUGAGGUCUGUCCUGCUGCCCCAUUAAGUUGAACGCACGACUAUGUGCAUUCUAAUGAUCAGCCAUUAAAACAGCUACACCGCCUCUGGAGAAUCAGACAUGCUGUGCUACAUCGGCAGUAAAAAAAAAGCCCAAUGAACAUUAUACAUGUGGCAUCUUUCUAAUUUCUUAUUUCUCCCUAUUUUUUUUAAUUUGCAUCCAGACAAGACAGCAUUCAGCUGCUGUUAAAUGGCUCAGUGUGAUGUAGUCUGAUAUCAGAUCAACUGCCCAGCGAGAGGGAACAGACUGAGCAUGUUUCUGUUUGUUCUUAUUUGAAUAAGAUUUCAAUGGCACUUGCAUAUGACGGAUGAAUUUCAAAUAAGUCAUUUAUAGGAAAAACACACACAGAUAAUAGGCUGGACCAUGUGUUGGUGUGUAGAUUUAUUAGAAUUUCUGGUAAACAGUGUUGUUGUGGAAUUACUACAGAAAACGAGAACAGUUAUCUUGUGAUAACGACUUAAGAUCUCUUUAUCUUGAUAUAUGGAAAAUCGUUUCUUAUGAUAACGAAUUAAUAAAUAAUGUGUUUGCCAUUGUUUCUGUUGUUGUCCGAUUCACGCAUGGGGUGAAAUGUUCCCACGUUGAAAGUGUAGUGUGCAAAGUGGAGCGUGCCGUUAGCGUUUUCAUUGAAAACUCUGGCUUGCUGUUCACAAUGGUAGCUGCAGCAUUUCAGAAAUAUAAAAAAAGCCAUCGCUGUAAUCACACAAAAAAAUGUUUGUUUUGUCGAGAUUAUGAAAAAAUCACUAUCACGAGAAAACAAACUUUGUUAUAUCGAGAUAAUGAGUUAAUAAGUCAUUAUCACGAGAUUACAGUACAUAACAAAAGAAAAAUCCACGGCCGUUCUCAUCUUCCAUAAAUUUCAUCCCAUGAUUGGUUAGUUUCAAAACAAGCCCUCUGCUAUAACUGUUCAUCUUUGUCCCAAAUUGAUCACAUAACCCUUCACAGAGGACUGUCAGCUUGGUCCAAAGUCACGCUCAGAAUUCUUGCCACCUGAUGUGUGACUGUCUUUCAACCAUUAAAUGAACUCAUACUCAGGACACUGCAGCUAUUAAACAGCCGACUGUCCUGUCUCAAACUUAAUGAAGUUCUGUGUUAUGUGUCCUUCGGAAUAUGGCAGCAAUUAUCUGUAUUGCCACGGACAUUUACUGCAUAUAUAGCAGUGAAGAGACUCUUUCUUUGUGCUGCAUUGAGUUGAGUCCUCCUGACAUGUGCUUACCUGUAUUAAAAUGUUGUUUAUUGCAUCUAUUCCAUGCAGAUGUCAAAGACAUUACAUUUUUGGGGGGUUUAUUCUAUUAUUGUGAACAGGAUAUUUUUUGAACAACAGUAGAAUGUAACUUCAAAUUUGGCACAAAGGUCUACCAGAGCUCAAAGUUCCAAUUUGGUCCAAUAUCAAGGCCACUGUGGGCUCAUUCAUCCCGUCCUUGUGAAAACCUUAUCUCAGCAAUGGCUGGAGGGACUUUUAUUAUAUCAGGUCUUUUUUUUUUAUUAGCCGUCUAGGAGAAUGGUGCAAUCCCCGAUUGAUUAGUUGACAAUUUUGUUCUAGCCUCUGUGUACCUGUUCAUUUUGCCGUCAGGAGAAGGGUCUACUGACAAUCACAUUCUCUGCAGAAACAGAGAAACAAAGAUAAACUGGGGUUAUGGUCCCUCCUGCAAAUGCCAAUUCCCUCCCCAGCCUAUAGGGUCCUCAUUCCAGUCCAGUUCACCUGCAUUUGUAAAGCACAUAUAGAAGAAUUGUGCCAUUUUGUGCUCUAAGGUUUAUGCUACCUGAAACCUUUAUUCCUCAACAAAGACACAGGUUCAUUGCCAGAAAGGUGUCAGUCCCAGUUUUCACCCUCAUUGUUGCUCAAACUUUGUUCUUUUAGUGUCCAAACUUUGUUUAGCUGCGUUCCCCUUCGUUUCAGUCGUAGAUUUUUCAUUUCUGUCAAUUUUCCCGAAUACUGCUUUUGGGACAGUGUUUAAGGGCAUUGAGAGCAACAAAAGAAAAACACAGAGUGAAAUUCCUUGAGGGUUUACACACGCUUGGCUUGUAAAGCUGAUUUUUUUCCCCUGAUGGAUCAAAGCCUCCACACAGAAGUAAUAAGAUUCAGUGAGGCUCAACUGGUAGUAAAAAUCAAAAUGAACUCUUUCGACUACACCUGACUGCAUGAGAGUGUUCAGUCCUCCAAAUUUUUUAACUGGAAAAAAGGCAGCUGUUAGAAAAUCAGCACCAAUUUCCAUCCAACCUUUUCAAUAUCAAUAUUCUAUUUGUAAAUGGCAUCAGGAGUUUUAAAAGAUCAUGUCAACACCCCUCGCUGUGCACUGAUUGGUCUGGCAUAUAUUUGCUGUAUUUGAUCGAUUCUCACUGGCAGCUCUGCAGCGUUAAGUCUUGUAGCAUAUUGAGCUCACUAAAUAUAGUCUCUCGGGACUUAUAAGUCUAGACUGGCACCAUAAAAUGAUCCCGACUCUGUUCAGUUGCUAUGGUGAACAAGCUUCAGGGGUUCCCACUUUUGUCUGAGAGAACCCGAGGGGCAAAGGAAGUCCUCUAAUAGAAAAGAGCACAACAAGAAAACAUUUGAAGGGAUUGAACAUCGAGUACAAACACGAGUUAGUGCGACGAACAAUGAGGGUUUUCUUUGGCUCUUUUCUUUGUUCAUUGUCAAUUUAACUUCAAAGUUCAGUUGCCGUCGUUGUUGGAUUCAAACAUGAAAAAUAUGUUUGAUUUUCAAUAAGAAAAGAUGGAUACACACAUGCUGAAAAUUACCUUUUAAGCUGUCAGUGUCAAUAAUCUCUGACAGGUUCUUGGUUUGAAUAGAACAAAUGAAGGGUGUUGCUCUGACACAGAAAAGGCUGUUAAACAGGGACAGUGAAAACAGCAGGGAAGCAGACAUUAAGGUGGUGAGACACUUAAAAAGCCGGUGCCUUUCUUCGAUGUGUCAUGCAGGGUGUUAAUGGAUAAUGUGUUGUUCACCGUGAUAAAAGGGGCGUUUUAGUUCAAGUAAGGUGAAAACUGCCAAGUAAAACAACUAUUCCUCAACUAGCCCGACUUUUGGGGACACUGUCCGAAGGAGUUCACGAUUCUCGAGUCGAAUUGCUUCCUUUACGGAUAAAUCUCUUGCUUUAUCUUCCGGCCAUAAGUCAUUAGUAGCCUAGAGUUGACUCGUGCUGUUUUCUUUGGGGGGUUUUUGCUCUCUGUGAAUCAGAUGAGGUCUCGUUGGAAUGCUGGGUUAUAUAUGCUCGAUGAGGCUUGUCUAAACACAGCAGCAGCAUCCAUCCCGGAAGAUACAAAUAUCUUGCAUGAAAUCAUGCUUCUCAAAGGAAAAACCACAGCUUUUUCUGUGACACUGGGGACACAAACUAACAUAUGUUGGAUGAUGAAUCUAGGAGUCAGUGUCAUGUUUAGCAAACUGUUCUGCAAGGAAGUUAAAGAAAAGACUCUAACUCAAGUUUACUCUGACUGGCGACAGUUCUAACUGGACUGUGGAGAUCAGAGUAGAUUGAUGAAGAAAUGACAAAGAACAAUAACUUUCAGAAACGAUUUCUGAUCAACUAAUCAGCUUUCUACUUUCUGAGGAUAUGGAGUUGUGCUUUUCACUUAGCAUUUCACUUAUCACCCCUCUCUUUUUGUGAACUCGCACGGGUGUUCAUGUGUUUUUUUUAGCAUAUAUGACUCCAGCCUUGUGUUUUCGUUGGCAACAACCUAAAAUAAAUCUUGUGUGAAUGCCUUUUAAAUCCAUAAGCUAUCUUUAAAGGUUUUUUUUUUCUUUCAUGCGAGACAUUAUAGGUACUGCCUUUUCAGAGACUAACGUAAUCAAGCUUGGGGGCGUUUUCAGUAAAUGCCUUAAUCCCUUAUAGCACUUUUUUUUUUCUCGUACAGUAUGAUAAUUUUACAGUCUUGACCUAAAAACAAACCACACUGUAUUUAUGAUUUAUGGAGUGUUGAUUUAGGUUUACAUUUUUCCCACGUUGGUGCUGCUGAUUUUAACGGGGCCAUAUACAGGCUUCGGUUGGGGGACCAGUCGCUCUUGGAAACCGAUCAUUGCACAAUAAUCUUUUUUUUUUUUUCUGGCCCAGUGAAUCAAAAGCGCUCUGGCUGGGUGCCCAACAAAAUGAAGCAAAAGCCCUCAGACACCUAUCAUCCACUCCAUUUCAUCACUGAAACUUUGUUUGCUGCACACAUUGACUGCUGCUGAGAACCGCCACCCUCGGGUAAUCAGGCAGGAAGAAUAAAUGUGCGGUUUGAAUAGCAUCAAAGCUAAUGAAUUACCUGUAUUUCUUUGCAUGUUUUUGUAGAUGGAAAGGUGGAAGUGACGAAGGAGAGCCUGAAGCUGUGCACCAUGGGGCCGGGGAAGGUGUUUGGAGAGCUGGCUAUUCUCUACAACUGCACCAGGACUGCCACUGUCAAGAGUGAGUCUCCUCCGACACCUGUAAAAACAUCCACAGUGAUCACAUCAGUCCGUCCACAUGCAUCCCCAGGAGUCAGAUAGUGUCACCUGUUAACAGCAAACACACACAUCCACUGAAAUCUGUCCCUGCAGUGCAAGGAUUAGAGGUAUUUUCAGCCUGUAAGAUCCUUUCUCAGCACAGAGUGAAGGAUCACACAAACAGUGUACAAAUACCCGCAAUGAUGAAACACUUCCCAUCACCACUUUGUGUUUUCACAAUGCUCCAGUUAAGUGUUUUGUGAGACCCCCGGCGAGCUGAAUAUCAAGGUUUACUGCCUUUCGCUCUUUCAUGUGUCGAAGCUCCAGCUAUGCGGGACGCACAGUGGGUGAGUAGGUGGUCAAUCUGACUGGCGAUUUGAAUAGUCAGUCGAAUAAAGCAAAGAGAGGAGACUGAGAAAGGACAGGACAGAUGGUGUACUACGCACAUUUGAGACCUAGUGUGCUAUAAGAAGUGUGUGUCGGGAUGAAAAAUGUGUGUUUUAUGUGAGGAAGGAAAUGGGAAAUAGCGGGGAAUCUGUCUUCAGAUGGAACGAAAAGAGACAAGAGGAGGGAUGAGAUCAAGUCCUUUAGGUUAAAGUGUAUCUUUGCACAGAAAUGAAAACAAAUGGAUGCAACGAUUGGCACAAAGUCCAACACUGUAUCAUGGUUUAGGUUAAUCAAUAUUGAUGUGACACAUUAAUUCACAUGCACCACGCAGGUUGGUUUAGUCUAUGCUUGGGGGACGUCAAUCGGUGUGUGACCCAGGUAUGAAUGAAUGCAUGAAGUAUUGGAAUUCCUCAGGUUGAAGGAGGGGGUGAGUUUCACAGAACAGGAAAUGGGGGUUGAUGUCAAUGGCAGCAAGGUUGCACGCCCCCUCGCUUGCCCCUUUUUACGUCCCAUGAUCCCCUACCUCUGACUAGCCAACCUGUCGGAACUCCCAGCUCCCGUUGCUAUGGCAACAAGUGCCCAGAGGGAGAUGAGCCAACUCUUAUAGGAUAAAAUAUUCUCCUUCCCACAGGCGACAGGGUGUCUGUCUUUUUCUUUUUGUGUCUUCUCUUCGCUCGCCACCAGCCCACCUGCCUGUUACUUCCUGUCAUGCUCCUUUGAAGUGUACGUCAGCGCUAUAGUGGGGCAGCUGCUGCUUCGUAAUAAUAAUAAUAAUAAAUAAAAAAAAACUCCACAUGGAACAAAUGAUGUAAUUGUCUACACUGGCAGAAGUGUGUUUACAGCUUUACAGGGUCACUGGCACCGUCUGGGAGGGUAGUUGUCUCUGGUUUAAUGUCCGUCUCCACACAAGAAUGUACCCAGGAAUUCAGCUGCCAUUUGGUUGUUAGAGGUGAUGACUACCUGAUGAGUGUGUGCGAGAAUUCAGGCGUCAGUCAGGCGAUUAGAUUUGUUCUCUGUUGGAGGACUUAGUCUCGAAGUAAUUUUAAUGUACACUGCUCUGUCUCCAAAUGUGUGUGUCUGAUUAAUGAUUACAGUUUAGUUUAACUUAGAUGACUAACAUGCUAAUGUGGAAUCAGACGACUUCAUCCAUUAUACUGUCAAGGAAUCUCCUCUCUAUCAUUCAACCGUGAAAGAAAAUCACAAAAUAAUUACAUUAUUGCUAACUGUGAUGAUGAAGUGAUAAUUGGGGGUUGUCACCUGUUGUGAAAACUCGCAGAAACAAUGAAUUUCUCAUGAAGUCAAUUAUCUGCAGAAACUGUUUGCAUUUGUAACUCAGAUCAGUCAAGAGCUUGACACUUCUUUAACAGAGCGAUCAGGCUGCAAACAUUCUGAUGAUAUUUGUGUCUUUCUCUAAAAAAAACUGUAAAACACUUGGGCACAUUUUGUGUUACUUAACUCAAACGUUUGUAAACCGGACUUGAAUAGGAAAAAAAAGACUUCAUUCAUGAGAUUUAAUUAGUUUCAGGGAGAGCAAAAUGAGCUUGAAAUGUUCUAGCCCAGCUGCUUUUAGUCUCAAAGCAUCCUAGCAGUUUUAUAGCUUUUUAUAACCCAAUUACUUCAAAUUAGCAACAACUUUUUUUUAGAAGCACACUGCAGCGUUUGGGGAUGUUUAAUUGUGUCUUUCCUAUCUUUCAAGCAUCAUUUGGUUUCUAUUUUUAACCGAGCACGAUAAAAAUCACAGGCAUGAAACUAAUUCAUCACAGCAAACAUCGUGCCUGCUGGCUCUCAAAAUGAAUCUGCACUUAGGACUGUCUAACACGAAGACACAAUGUUUCUGUGACAACAAAGGAAGCAGUGAUAUGCAGUGAUAAGCAGUGAUAUGUUUACUUGAAUAGAUUAUCUGUCUCACUCUCGAUUUCAAAUUCUCUGUAAGUUGUUUGUCAGACUAAGAUGGUAUCACUGGGGUCUGGUAAUUACCUUAAAAGACGGUGAAGCGCAUUUUAGGUUGGCAGGAAUUUCUCUGAUUCAGAGAGAAAUAUGCAAAGUCAUGAUUAAAAUACAAACAAAUAGGAGCCUCUGUUAAAAAUAAAACUGAACAAUGAAUCAAACCAGUUUCAUAUCAAAGCUCGGACUUUUUUUAUGCAGGGGAGCGCAAAGAUGUUCUGGCAUUCAUCCAGUCACCCAAUUUUAAGCAGGUGUGUUGCAGGGAUAAGACAAAUUUACAAGCUCUCACAAAUAAUUUAAAGCCUGGUUGCAUUUGCAAUAAUUUUGUGUUUUUAUGAUUAUGAAUUCCAGGGACUGACAGAUAUUCUCUUUCCAUCAAUCCUCCUCCUUUUCAGCCUUCAGGGUAUUUCAUGUGCGAGCUCUUUCUUACACUCUCCCAGGUGAAAUGAACCCUGUACAGUAAGCGCGCUCUUAGUUGAGCAUCUGGAGUCGCACUCACUCCUGGGCUGUGUAAAUCCAGCGAUCAAUAUGUUAUGUUGGGUUUCAGGAUACAAACAUUUACCUGCAGAGUUAUUGCCACAUUUGGUGUUUGGCUUUGCGAGACUUGGUGAAUGAGGCAGGAUUUUAUGUUCUGCCUGAGAGAGAGAGAAAUACCGCCUGUGUUUACAAAAAAGAAAAGUUCCCCUCGCUUUCAAAUCCAUAUCACAUCAUUUUCACAUGACAACAAUCGGGGGGAAUCUGGCCCAAGAGUAGAAGAAGACGUGGGUGGGAGUGAGAGACAAAAAAGAGAGAGGUGAUAAAUACAGGACAACAGUGACAGCAAAAUGAGGGAGCCACCUCGAGGGAAGCGAGACAAAAUUGGUGUGUUUUGUGUCUGCAGACAGUCGAGAGAGAGAGGGACGGUGGCCUUUAGUGGAGUAAUAUUCUUCUGUAGCACCAAAAUGUCCCUGUUUCUCAGGGAGCCGGACUUGAUGGCAUAACAGGAAGCAAUUCAGUACGGUGUGAUAAAAAGCAUGCAGCAGUUUACUGUAGCAGGUAUUACUUGAGCAUGUGAAAACAGUUCAAAAGAGGUGAUUUCCCUCUUGAAAAUGCUCAACGAAAACCACGAAAUCUGACAACUGAAAACUGAAAAAGCAUCUGAAAGGGGGUGAUCGGUGGUUUCUUUACACAACGGGAGCGAUUUUUCGUGUGAUUAUUUCUGACGUCAAUAUUUUUUUUUGAAAAUGUAACCUGUCAAUACAAGUGUUCACAUAAGCGGUGUUUUCCCAUCCUGCAAUAUUGCGGCAUUUAUUUUUUCGUAUCACGGUUGAAUUUUCUAAAGUUUCGCAUACCGUGUGUCCACUUCUGACCAAUCAGAUUUAGUGUUGUUGCGGCUUUAGAUUCACCGGUAUAUCCAACAUGGCCGACCGGCUGAUUGUUUACAUGUUGGAGAACAGAGUGCAUUUUGAUAAAAAACACAAAUAUUACAAAGAUAACGACCUGAAGGACAACUUGUGGAGAGUCAUAGCGUCGGUUUGUGUGCUUUAACAGUUUGUUAAACGUCUUUGUUUUAACUUUCAUCUGUGCUAAGUAACUUUAGCUCAUAAGCUAACCUGUUCAGAUACAACAUACCAUAUGUAUUUUCACUGUCUCAAACUCAAUCGCGUUGCUGUCACAGCACCGUUAGGUCUCAGUUGUUACCUUACGUUUAUGGAUUAUAGUUUAAUGUGCUUAUCUGGUACUGGCCCCGACUCAGUACAUGCUAUCAUGACAGACAAACAUCUCAACACUAGUGUCUAAUCAGAACUGAAAAAAAGUCAGUCUGCUGUUGUGUCAGUCUUCUCGCUUCCACCUGGGACGCGUCUUUUUCCCCCCCGGAAAGUCACAAAAUCACAUUGCGCUUGAUGUGUAUAGUCAGGCGUGUCAAAAUUCGCCUCAGAAUAUUUUGUAAUUUCGUGUCGUAUAUUUGCGUCGUUCCCGGUGUAUAAGGACCUUAAGAAUAACUUUCUUGCUUUACUUUAAAAAAUUCCAAUCUGAAACUGUUUGUACCAAUUUUCCACAGUGGACUGCAACAUCCUCACAUCUUGUUUUGUUGGAUUAACAGCCUAAAAAAUGAAAUUCAGUUUGAGAGUGACAUUUAACAGAGAGGCUCAGCAAAUUCUUUCAUCAGUGCCUGACAUUUUAGCUGGAAAAAGUACUCAUGUGAUCAAUAAGAUUAACAGUCAUUGUGAACAGAUUGAUAAAUGAUGGAUUUAGUAAUUAAUCAUUAACUGCAGCAUCAGACAUUAUCAAGCUUUUCCCUGUAGGCUUCAUAGUAUUUUGAUAUCUCAAAUGCCUCACAGUCACUUUCUCUUGAUUAAAUAUCCUGACAUGUCAGCCAAUCAGAAAAAUCUUCUCAUCAGAUCUCUCCAAGCUGUGAAUGACUUAAACAUCUGUUGUUCCUUAAGUCAAAAAUCUACCAAUCAAACUCCAUGUUACCAUGAUCUACAGCACAGAAAGGGUUAAAGCAUCAUGUUCAGUGAGGGCAGCUGUAAAUGAUUGGCGGGUAUCCUGGUGUUGUUUUGGAACAGCCCUCCUCUCUCUCAGAGGGAGGUCACUGCCAGUCAACACUAACAUAAUCAGAGAGACUGAUUAUCUGAGCGCUCCAUCUUAAUGAUAGGGCUGGAAAAAGCAGUCUCAGACAUCAAUGCAGAAACUCAGCCACACGCUCUAUGGGGAUCAUAUCUAAUGUGCAUGAAUGCUUUAGCUUAAAAAAUUACUUUGAGAGUAAUUGCAGUAACUUUUUGUCAGGAGGCAAUAAAAACAAAUCCAGAUAAGGCCAGGACAGGGUUCAAAAUUAAUUUCGUUUAGAUGACUCUAUCAAGUAUACUGUCGGAUAUUUGGCAGCAGCAGCAGGCAGAUAACUUUGACGAACAUACUUUUCUCUUCCCAGCAAACUCUGUCACUCACCCACACACUACAAGAAGAUUUUUUAAAGUGCGUUCAGGUUUGACAGGUGUGUAUUUUUAUGAUAAAUGUCCAGCAUCGGUUGGCCCUCUUUUAAACAUGGGCAGCCUUCCCCUUCAUGCUCUAAUGCGCAUCCGAGAAUUAGGUGUCAGCUGUUUAAAAGAGCGUGAGUGUACAGGUUUCGGGAAAAGCAAGCACAGCUGAGAAAAUGGCACUAUUCAAUUUGUGGGAAACAAAAUGAUUCAGGAUUCAAAAAUGAGAGUUAACCUGGUCAGACCCUGGCUGGCCCCUCAACAAGAGUUACAGUGCACAUAUAUUGAACGAAUUACAGCAACAAUUUAAAGCAACAGAUACAACGUCACACUUAACCUACGUCUCACAGGAAUACUAGAGCCAACAGCGUGGUAACAAACAGAUGAUUUACCUGCAUCUAGAAAAUGAAGGAUUUACAGUGCAGGUAGACCAAAUUACAGCCAACAACUGUGUAGCAAAUUACAGUGCUCUUAAGCACAUAUUAAAGUCUGCUUUGAGCCACCUUAGCUCUGUUAACAAGCUUGCAGGAGUCUUGGUCAGCAGUCUCCUCUCCUCUUUUUUUUCAGCCUCAGCGUUCUCUUCCUCGAUUGCUGCUCAUCUGACUAGAAAAAAUGUACCCUUUUCCUGAUCUUCAUUUAGUGCUGGUACACUGUUGAAGUCCUGCUUCAGCUGGAAGAAUUUUGCAUGGCCCGGCGUAAUUGUUUUGGUUAUUACUCAGUUUUCUUACUAAUCACCUGGCUGUUCUGAAUACUUUAAAUCUGAUUAGUCAAAACCCCCUGACAUAGCAGAGCAACACCAGAGACCAUCAGACCACAUCAUAUCAAAUCAACCUGCCUAAAAAUUUGAGUCCUGGCAAAACCAUUGGCUUCUAUUAGCAUGCUACUUUAUUAGACUAAAUAACACAGAUGUAGGAAUCCAUGCAACAGCAGCAGAGAUGGUUAGUGCAUAUCUAAGUUAUAUACACCGCAAUUCAACUCAAACCAUCGGGGGUAGUGAUAUAAACAGAAGUGCUAAAAGUCUUUUUCCUCUUUGUUUAAAGUUGUAUCAACUGCAAAACUCUAAAGAUUCAGAGCUGAAUCUUAAAAUGUUCAACUUAAUGUGAAUUAUAACAAAUAAGCAGGCUACUUCAUUCCUGCAGAAACAUACUUUUCAGCAGAAAUGUUCAGUUUACUUAAAUGGUUAUGACAUGAGCAUGCUAAUGUUUUCACUUAACCUUAACUGAAAAUUUUGGUAACGCUUCACUUGAAUAUAAUUUCAUCUCUAUAAUGUAUUAUAAAUAAAUGUAUAAUGCGUUAUAAUCACGUUAUAGCACUGUAUAACUAAUAAUUAUACAUAUAUUUGUAUUGCGUUAAAGAGAUAGUCGUCAAGUGAAGUGUUACCGAAAAUUUUAAUUCAAUGUUUGUUGAAAGAUCAAAUCUUUAUCCGCAGUUGAGCUAUCUCAAAACAUCAAUAUUAAACAUCAACCUCAAGCUGUUUUUGCUCUCAGACUGUACUGAACCCUCUCAGGUUUGUAUCUGUGAUCACUGUCACCUUCAUCAUUUGACUGACAAUAGAAAAGGAAAUAAUUUCAUAGGAAUACAAUUGCUUACUGGUGCUGUCAACGAAGAUCUGAUGCAUUAAUGCAUAAGAUGCAUAUUGAUGCAGACCAUUCUAUACCUGUGCAUAGAUAGCGCAUGCAUCAGAUUUUCAUCUCAAAUUGACCUUUCCUCUCCGCUUAUGAUUCAAAGUAUUUGACAUUUAUAAUUUAUCCAGCUAAUGUGGAUUUGAGAUAAAAAUGUAAACACAGUUUUGAUGAAAAUGAUGGAAGAUUUUCCUUUCCUUAGAUUAGAUGGUGCUAUACAAGCUAUGACUGUAUCUGUUCUUUGAGGGGAGAAGGAUUCAUCACAAGAGGAGGGUAAAUGUAGCAUCAUGGGCCUAACUGUGAGGAAUAAAAGUCCUGUUUACCUGUUCUAACAAUCAUUGUUUUUCCACGUCAUGUAAAAUCAGCUUCCAAAACUUCCACAGAUCCUUAUAAACAGUACACACAUGCAGCACCACACGAAUACUGGGACCUACGAUCAAUGCAGUCUCGUUUUUACAGAUGAAAAACAUGACAGAGGGCUGCUGCAUCAGUGUCAUCCGUAUUCAAAGACACACUCACACAAAGGUAUCACAGCACUUGAUGCCAUGGUUUCACAGAGAGAAAAUUAUGCCAAAGCAGCAACGUUGAUCUGGAGACAUGUGAGAAUGGUGCUUCAGACAGAGGGACAGCAUCAACGUAGAAAAAAAACCCUUCCUCCCAAUAGGAGUGAGCAAACAGUUACUCCUCUAAUCAGCCUUAGAGGAGGGAAAGUGCACGUGAGCGUGUUAAUGUGCGAGUCUGUGCAUGGCACACUGUGUCUGCUAAGUCUCAGGAAUCUACCUGUCACCAAAGAGACGAGCUAAAGGUCUGACUCCUUGGAGAAACAGACACCGAAGUAAACACUGUGUCCGUAACAGAAGGCAGAGAACGUUGGCCUUGGCCAGGGACUCUGUAAUGUUUAAAUAAUAAAGCACACUGCUUGUAUGACUGUCAGAGUUCCUCCUGAGCCUCUUACUAUCUUACUUUGGGCUCAAGUCUUUCCUGUUUAUACGCCUGAUUGUUAUCCCUGAGUCAUAGAAAUGUUGUCUUUGUCUAUAAACGAUAUAGAAAAGCUGAAAAGUCCAGAGAAGAACUCCUGCCACUUCAGAAUAUUUUUCACAUAUAACUUAAUAAAGAACGGUGGCAUCAACUCCGCCUUUCUCUGACCCGGCUUUGUGAUGCCACAGAACCAGUACUGUGUUUCAGCAGGGCUCUCAUAUUGGAUCUAGCCCAAAAUACAAAACACCGGUUAUUUUCCUUUCAAGCAGAGAAAAACAACAGCAUUUUAGACAAAUUGUUUUCAGUGUGAUUAAAAAUAAGUGGGUGCAGUGCGUAAAAGCACCCGCUGAACAGAAGCCAUUACUUCUGUGCUUAUUGAAAACAAGAGUGAGGACUUUCAAUUUGCACUUCAAAUGUGACAAUUUCCUAUAGAUUUAGCUGAACUCGACAAAGAAAGUGUGUGUGUGUACUGGAGCGAAUGUUCGCGCAGUUCUAAUCAUUAGCAGCCAUCAGCUACGUUAGCCACUUAAAGCAUUAAAGCAAAUACUAUUAUCUUGCUGAUGACAUAAUGCAAGCAUAAAAAUUAGUUGGCAGAACACUUAGCAGUUAGAUUCCACCUUUAUCCUAUUCCUGAAGAGGAUCUCUAGGCCGGGUAUAUUCUACAGUUCUCUGCUUUCCACUUCCAGCUGAACAGGUUAUACAACAGAGUCUACUUCAGGUGCAGCCAUUCAGGCAUUGCAGUACAGAAGAAAGUCUUUACUGCCUGACUCAGCCUAACCUCCUGUGCCAUUUGAUGAUGAUUACUCAAAGGUAAAGAUCAAUUAUAGGUAAGAAAGAAUAACUACAGCCAGGUAAAAGAAAGUACUUCCCUUACCUGGCAGCAGCAUGUUGUACCAUUUAUGAUUACGGUCACUGGCGUGUGCUUUUUCAUGGUCAAAUAAAGGAAAACGAUAAUCAAAGAGAAAAAUGGUAGUAAAGGAAUGAAAGUGCAAGUAUUUACAAAACAUCAAGUUAAAUAUAAUGAUUAUAAAGCAGCACUUGACCUAGAGCUUUGUGAUAAAACAAUAACGAUAUAUAUGGAAAAUUGAUUUCCCUUAAUAUCAAUAUAAAACAUAAUCAAUAUGCUCUUUGAUAUUUGGCAUUCUGCCAUGUUUAAGUAGACUAUACGAAUAGCCAUUAAAAAGGGGAGUUACUCUGGGUCCACUUUGCACUGAACCAAUCAUGUGCUGAAUUAGAACCAAGUAGCAAACAACUGUGUAGUAGCAGGCUGCGGCUACACGCAACCAUAGCACUUGUGCAACCGAAAAAGCUGACUGCUCCGCUGUCCAUAGCGCAAAGCCGUACGCCAAAACGUCAGAGACACAAAGACCUCACAGAUGCAGUAGUUUAUUGUAUUGCAAAAGACAUGCAACCAAUAAGCACUGCUGAAUUUAAUUUCAAGAGUAACAGGGAACAUUUCUAAUUGACAAGUUAUUUUUUGAUAUAUUAAAAAAAUAUAUGAUAUAUAUCGAUAUCCAGUGAUGUGAAAAAAAUAUAUUUUUCCAUAUUUUUUCCAUAUCGCCCAGCCCUAACUUGAGCUGUUGAACAGCAAACCACAGACCAGAACAACCACAUACACUUAUCUAAAAUAUAAUUUUAAAAAACCUAGAGAGCACUUAUGGCCUUGUAUCAGGUUAAUGUAAUGCUUUUAUUUCAUCCCUUUAAUACUAUGUCUAUCUCUCUGAUGUUGACUACUCAUUUCAUGGGUAUCAAGGGAAUAACAUUGAAAAGCAGAGAAAGAUUUCCUUAUGGAAACAAAAACAGGGUUAUACCAGGGCUGAGGAUAUAAUAAGAAGUCUUUCCACACUUUUUUUUAACUAAGGUAGGGGACCUAUUGUACUGCUGAAAAAGUUAGAAAAACCUUUGAGUCUAGAUUCUAGUUUGGUUUAAUAUGUAUUGAGCAGAUUUCAAACAACUCAGCUUGUAACAUGAAAAAAGUAAUUAUCAUUAUUGAUCUAAAAUAAUAGAGUGAGCUCGAGCGCCAUUGUUAGGAAAGGCCCUGCUGGGAAGAGUUGGAAAUAAGGGCUCUUGGUAUUUGUAAAGCUUGUGAGAGCAUCAUUAACAAGGAUCACAAAGGCUGCUGUGUCUUAUGCUACUUACCAUAAUUGAGGUGCAAACAUGAGCAGAGAAAUGAAAAACUGUCUGAGUAGCAAUGCAAAAGCAACGAUAGAUAAACAUGCAAAUGCAAGAAUUUGCAAAUAGACUAUACUGUUUUUUUUUUUUUUCGUCAGCAUGUCCCACCCAAAUUUAAACAACAGAUAACGGGGAGUGUUGGGACAGGAAUAACCAGAGACUGUUCAAGAACAAAGCUCACAAACUGGAGUUUCAUUUGCUGUGACUGACACGUUUGUAAUGAUGUUGAGACUUUGUUGUAGAAGUUGAAGGCGUCAUCAUUCACUCUUCAUCAUCUCGUGCACAUGUGCGCAGAGGUUCAGGAGAACUACAUUACCAUGUGAUAAAGUGUUUCAUUGGGUGCAGAGAGACAACGAUAGGAAGAAUAGCUCUGGUUGAUAGAAUUCCAGUGGGACAGACUAGGGGAAAAAAAAUCCUCUCUGUUUCCAUGGCUGCCAUGGUAACACUGUUGCCUGAGUGCAGCUCGAAAUGUGGUGGUAAAAUGGCGAUGAAGGCAGGAUGGAGCCCACUUAGCUGUUUGCAGUCACGGUUAAUGUGCUGGUCACAGUGCAUAUUUUUGUCUGAUGUCUAUAACUUGACCGUCUGGCUCGUUCUAGUGCAUCUGAAUAAUUCUCUGCGUGUGUGUUCUUACACGAGUCAAAGGUGUCCCAGCGUGUGUGUGCUUUUGUGCCUUUGCACUGAGGGCCCCUACUGCUGUUGUUGUACUGAUGCUCAGUUGGAGCGCAGGUGCGAGCCUGUAGCUAGAGGGUCUUUUGGGGCUCUGGAUGGCUUAAAAGGUGAAAAUAUCCAGCAAGCGGCAACCUCAGACAGCUUCAAAAUACUGUCAGACAGUAAAAAAACAGCCCUGCGUGUGUGUCUUUUAAAAAAAUACUUUCCUUGAACAUACUUUCUGUUGAAAAUCUUGUGUGACAGUAAGGACAGGCGAUGAUGUGAGCAUGGAUUUUGCUAUGGGCGAGCGCUGGUGAAGUGAGGACAGAUCACAGUAUGAAGGAUAAUUUAUCUCUACCUGUCUUGUGUUACCCACUGGAAGUUUGCAUUGCUUGCUUUUGCCACAACUUUAGGACAAAUAAGCUUUAUGGGGAUGUUUCUGCUGUUAAAAGUGUACAUUAACAUCAGUGGGGUGACUAAUGCUUAGGGAGCAGAGCUGCGGUCCCUUAGCAAUACUUCAAAUGAAGUGCUACCUAGGAGAGAUCUACAUAAUGCUGUGGUAGUUUCAAAAGCCAAUCUUAUUUUACAGAAAGCUAAAGUUAAAUACACCCAAGAAGAAUUAAAGAAAGCUUGAAAUUACCAUAUUCCUGAGAGAAAUUCAUGCCAGAUGUUUAAAAGUUGUUUAAAUGCACGCAUCUGUCCGGCGAUAGCUCCAUCUGAGCUGAUUGCCGGCACUCCAGUUAAUGCUUCUGAUUCCACCAGAUGCAGAGCAGCUCACUUCUCAUGGAAGAAACUCUCUGCUCUGUUGUAAACACGCACCUGGUCCAUUUUUUAGGACAGCAACUCUGUAACAAGUUAUGCUACAAGGAAGAGAUGAGGCGAGAAGGAGGUCAAACACAGAAAUGGCGCAAUUCCCAGCUCCUUGUUGCAUGUUACUACACCAGAUUUAACAUUGUUACCUACAGCAAAAGCACCAACACAGAGAGGACGACUGAAUCAACUGGAUUAAAGUGGGAUAUAAAGCACGGAGGACUUUCCACUUGUGCACCACUUGUACCGGAGCUACUUAAAAAAAUGAAUAAUGCUGUGUCUCAAAUGUAAUCUUAUAGAAAGGUGCCCCACAUUAUCCUGGGAAUUAAACUUCCUAUUUUCUUUCAUGGCAACGAAAGCUAAAGUUAAGCUAUUGCUACAAUGUAAAAUAUGCUUUCAUUCUUGCUACUGCGGGUUAGAGUCGGAGAAGUUGCCUAGGAAAAAGAUGGAUUGAAAAUAGGGCUUGGUGUCUAGCUAACAGAGGUGCAUAUAUAUGGCUAAUUGACACUGAUGGUGCGUGAACCGGAAUAUAUGACACAGGAGACGAGACACUUAAAAUGUCAAGUGUAAAUAGAGUAGUGCUUCCUGAUACAUAAGGCUGCACAACAUUGAUUGAAUUGAGCAUUGAAGCUAAUCCUCAAGAACACAAACUACAGCGUGUGUGAGUCAGACCCCUCGGCAGCUUUUUUGGACUUUCUCUAUAAGUAAGUCUUGUGGAGCCAUCAGUGGAAAAAGGAUGUGACCAGUUUUUCACACUCGGAGUUCAGCUCUGAAAAUCAGAGCUGAGUGUGGAAGAAAAAGCUUGUUAUUCGGUGAAACAUAGCACGCACCCCCAAGAGUUCAAACCGCUAGACUCGAUACAACGCUGCAAAUCUCACAGAAUUAAAAGGAUCAGAGAAUAGCUGAUUGUGUUUUCGAUUUAUUAAAUGGGAUUGUUGAUGGUAACCUUAACCUAGACGCUUAAUCUAGAAAGCUAAAUUGAAAAUGUUUCUUCCUUCUUUCUGACCUUCAGCUAAAGAAAGCCAAGCCUUAUCCUGUUGUGUUAUAGAAGUUAGUGCUUGGCCUUGCAGCAAGCUAAACAUAUCUCAAAUAAAAGUAAAAGAAAGAUUGGCCUCUGACAUUUUGCUGAAGACAAACUGUGGCACAACUUUUGAAACUGUAUUUGAUACACAGUGAAAGUAAUAAGUCAGGAAGAUAAAAUAAAUGAGAAAUUAUGCUGAUAUACUUAUUCACUAGCCUCGGAUCACCAAACCAAUUCACCUUACUGUUGUGCUUGAAAUUGUUUAAAUCAUCAUUUGUUGAUUGGAAAUGCCACAAUGCAGACGUGCCUCUGGAAGCUGUCAUAUAAACCUCCAACCAAUCAGAACUCUGCGACAUUUGACACAGCGCAAGAAAAUAUUAACAGACACCAGCGUACAGAGAAAAGGAAGACAUCUUCCUUGAACUCUGAAUGCAGCAGGUGAAGUAGUUCAUUCUCAAAUCAAUGAAAAUACAUCCUCCAGUUUAUUUAGAGCAGAUGCAAUUCCAGAUUUAUUUGACCUCCUUGCUGCAGAAGCUUUUAUCUUGGAUGCUUAAGAGCAGGCUGAAGCAGCACAGCAGGGUUGUUGAAAUAGUGUUGUUUAAAAGGACAGUCAGUCAGCCCUACUUGGUACUAGCUUAGACUGUAUAUACUAUGGACAACUUGGUUCCGCCUCCCGCCUGAAUAUGGAUUUGAAGCCAAAAAGCUCUCGGUAUUUCCGGGAUUUUUCUUCAUUUCUUCAAAUUUAUGUACUGUGUAAAUUAAAGAUAUAAAUAAAUAGAAAAUAAUAUAAAUAAAUAGAAAUAUAUAAAUACAUUUCUAAAGUUUGUCCACAGCCCCAUAAGCUUUGCUGGUGGAGGCGGGAUUUAUCACCUAUACUGCAGCCUGUCACCAGAGGGUGCUGUUCUUGGAGUGGCUUCACCCAGCAAGGAGGCAGACGGCGUCCAUUCUAUAUACAGUCUAUGGUUAGAAUACCAUUAUUUCAACUUCUGUCUGAAACGCUUCAUUUCAGCUGCUGUCACUUUAAGGUCCCCCCUGCUAUGAGCCUACUGUCUUCUGAUUGGCUACCUCUGAGGAGGCUAGCUGAGGACAGAGCUUGAUGUUUCGGGCAUGCCCCAUCUAUUGUGGCCACAUAAAGCAAUCAAGUGCAGUCAAGCAGCGUAACCUGGCUCUGCUGUGGGUGUCACCUCACAUGUUGCUGGGCUGCAGGCAGUUCUGCUGUGCUGGAAGCAUGGAUGAACAAGUUCAGAGAGCCUAUUGCAAUAACUUCAUUAGUUUAGUGAGUCUCACAGACAGCUAAGUGAGACAUCAUGUGAUUUCCCAGCAAACUAUUCUGAGCAAUUUGCAGACAUCUAGUAUGGACAUCAACCACUGUAACUUCGCAUUUUUUGUCGUAAAUAUGCAAAUGCAUUUUACCCCCUCUUUAAAUAAAGGACUGGUCCAGUGUAUCUGAGGUGGUAGACAGAGAAUGAAUGCAGCUCUGGCUUCCUAUUUGCAAAUACACACUUUCUUCAACCUUGACCAAAUAGAACCAUAAAAAACAAACAGAAAUGCACAGAAAACAACCAACAGCCAGAGGAAAAUUCAUGGAGAGAAGAAAAAAAGAAAACCAAAUCUUACAAACUAGCCUCGGAUGCAUAAAUCUGCAAACAUGAAGACCCUGCUGCAUGGGAUUAAAACCAACUAAAGCACCAAUGGUCCCCAGCUAUGGUGCAACAGCUCCAGGGCCAGCCUAGCCAAAUCUGUCUCCUUUGCUGCUAAUUGAAAAGCAAAUAUCUGCUGUGAUUCCCCUAGAAUACUAAGAAGCCUCUUCUUUAAGCUGUCAGACUUUGAAAAUCAUCCCCUUAAAACUUGCAAAUUAUUAGCAUAAAAUGUAAAAAGACAACUUACAUGCUAAACCCAUUGUUAUAGAGUCCAAAAUCAGAGUUGUAUGCCAGUUACGUGCAUUCACUUGUUGUUAAAAGCAACAAGGACAUUACAAUGAAACUAACAGCUAGUAACAGAAGAAGUACACUGUCUGUAUUAAACAAAUGUCUGAAGGGAUUAGGGAGAAUGGAUGUAAAAAAAAAAAUAUUUAAAACAAAUAUAAAAGAAAAUAAUUCUCCUCCAUUAUUAAACAACCCCUAGAUUUCGUAGAAUCCGAGCAGACUUGUAGCUCUCCUGCAGAGUAAAAAGGUUUCUUACUAGAAUAACUAGAAUAGAAUAACCCGUGCACACCUGGUGGCAUAGAGUCACUCAGACGCGCAGACACAGGAACAUGUUUUCAUCCCGAUCUGUCAGAGAAGAAUGGCAGCCAUCACCAGCGUUGCUCUGUGUUUUUUGGGCGCAGAAAUCUGAUGUCUCUGCCUCAGCAGCCUUGACAGACAGAAAGCUUUAUGAAAUUCAACAAUGACACAACAAGCUAUUCCUCCCCUGUUGUCAGAAGUGAAAAAGGAAAUACUCUUACGUAGUAAUCUAAGUACAGACGCUGCGGUUGACUCAUUCAGGGGGAUAUUAUCUUGAGUUAUUACAUCACUAAAUCCCGCUGACACAUUGGUGACACAUGGUUUUACAUUGUUCUCAGGACGGCACCCUGGCUAAUCAAUAAUUUGACAGGUCUUCGUGUGGAGUUUAAGUGGUCUAGGGAACCUGCUUUAUAGAGAAAUGUGUCACCUCACCUGAUGCAACCUGGACUGGGCUCUAAAAAUAACCCCUUUGCAGAUGAAUAGCAAACACACCUCAUUUCCUCUCUUUCAUUUUCUACAGCUGGGCAGAAUCAAAUUUAUCAGGUUAUUCAAACUGAUUUCCGCCAUGCAAAUAGUUUCUGUUUGAUUGUCUCUAAUGAUGAGGACAACAAACAAUUAGAAUUUAUCUCACAGACUGAUAAGAAAGUAAUUUAAGAGGAAAAGUAAUAUUUCGAUGCUGGAGGGAGUGCACAGCAUGGAUGACUUCUUUCCCCCCCUACUUAGAAGCAGUUAUCCUCGUUAUUGACGUCAUGGGCUCCUGUACGAAGACUUAAAUCAUAACCCUGUGAAAUGAAAUCUUUGUUUGAAAGAUGAUUACCCUUAAUGAAAAACAUUUUAAAGAGGAGACAGCAAUCUGUUGGAAUAUAACAGGGGUAAUGAUAGGCUUUUAAAGAGAACAAUGUGUUAAAAGAGUGAGUCGGUUUGACUUUUCUAUUGUUCUUAUUCAUAAAUGUCUCUGUUUUUGACUGCUGUUCAUUCACUCCCCCUCAAAAAUAAUAUUCACUUGUCUUCAUGGUCGAUGACAGUAAAGGAUUACAGUCUUCAGUGUUAUUUAUCUACACAAGGGCCAUAAAAACUGCCAGAUACCUCUAUUAAAAAUACUUGUAUGACAUAUUAUAGUAUCUCAAAAUGAGCCAAUUAUUACAAUACUUGUCUUUGGGUUUAGUAAUGAGUUUUUUUUUGUCAUGUUUACGCUAAACUUUCAAACAAGAGCAGCUAAAAUUGAUCAAUGAAGGCUGGAAGUGAGGUGUGUUAUGGUUACAGAGGUGAGUGGAAAUUUGUGUUUCAAUCUUGGCUUCCUACAAGAAAGUGCAAAAGCUCUGAGUACUCUUUUAGAAAACUCCUAUUCAAUCAGCCUCUGACAGGAAGUUUCCGACGAACAGUAUCCUGUGUGCACUCAGUGUUUGAUAAAUGCAUGUAAAUAUUAUGACUCCAGUGUUUGUCCAAGUCGUGAGGAGGCAAUAUUACCAGACCAGAAUUUUGUAUUUCAAUACAACACUGAUAAAUAUUCAACAACACCAUACUUGUCCCAACAGUAACUGAACUCUGGACAUCCGCAUUUGUUAACUUUAUGUUUGAUCAUCAACCUGCCCCAGCGCUGGUCUGACAUUUACUGCUGAUCAGUAUUUUACAAACUGCUGACAGGAAAGAAAGGUGAAUAAAUGAGAAUCAUCGCUGCGAUCUCUGUGCAGAGGUGUGAAGCUUACAGCCAGUAUUCAGCAGGUUUGAAGAGAUAGAAAACUUUACUGACCAGACAGCAUUUCCAUCUCUCUCCUCUGCUCUCUAUUUUUAUCAGACAUAAGUGUACGGUGUGCAUCUUGAUGAGGCUUUAACACCAUGUCAGUAUUUGCCAAACUGUAAAUAACAGGAGGUGUAGUGGCUGUGACAGAAGGCGGAGCAGAGAGACACGCUGAAGUGCAACGCAAGCAGAAAAACAAAGGUGUGAAGGUGUUCACUUAUUCUUUAAUGUCCUAUUUUUGUUUUAUCUCUGCUUUCUGCUCUGAUUCUCCUUACUUUGAGUUUAUAUACCACUGCUGCUUUUUCUCUCUCUUACACUUGCAGAGGCUUUAGGUUAAAAAUGUAGCUAUAGAUCUGUUUUUUUACAAGCCUCAGAAUUUCUGAUUCCACCAAAUAAAAUAAUUAUGGAGGCUGUAUGAUUAUAAGAAAAACUCACGCUAAAGUAUUAUCCCUGUGUUCAGACUGGAUUCUAUUAUCUCCAGUGAUAAGUGGGUGACUUUGACUGCUUUCUUACUCCUCCGCUUUGAUGAAUCCUACUCAAGAUUGAACUCCAAUGUCAGGAUGAGCCCGUCUUUGACAGGGCGCUGUAAAGAUAUAGCCUUAAUCGAUCCAUGCAGGAUUCUCAAUCUUACAGAUAGAAGAUAUACUUUUUAUCCUAAGGUGCACAAAUCUUCAAGGAGCCAGUUUUUUUACACCAAAAAAAAAAAAAAAAAGAUUUUGAUUAUCUUUUAAGAAUUUCUCAGAUAAUUUUCUCACCAGUCACCCAUAGGAUUACCCAAUCAAGUGAAGUCUUUUUCAAUAAGAACUCAAAAGUCGAUUUCAAAUGGCCAAGAAAAACACUUCUUCUAUUCCAAUCAAGUAACUGAUUUUUUGGUGUCUUUCAUUCUUCCUUUUUGUUGUACCAAUGAGGUCUACAGGCUCUGUAGUGAAAGAGAAAGAGAGAGAGAGACAGAGACAGAGACAGAGACAGAGAGAGAGAGAGAGAGAGAUAAAGAGCUGAAUACAAAAAGAGAGUGAUUUUCUUUGACAUUACACCCCCCAGAUUUAGAGCAUAGGAGUACUUUUGUUCUCCUGCUAAUGCACUCUUUUCAGAUCUUUACAUUUUACAAGUACGUCGAUGUUACACAAGUACGCCUUCAUUCUGAGAAAAGUACGGGUGGACAUGAAGUGCACGGAUCUGACAAACAAAGGCACACAAAUGCAAGGAUGUGAUUCAUGAUAAUGGUCUGGACUGGAUAAUUGUAAAAUUAAACUCUUUUUACAUCUCCAAUGCCAUAAUGGAAAACCCUACUAUAAGAGCAAUUAUUCUCUCAAAGGAAUUAUGGUUUAUCCUUUGUGCUCUUUACAGCAGAACACUGGUGAGUAUGGUGGGUGGAUGACAUGUGGGAUAAUGCUCAGCUCAGUAUUUCUCUAGCAGCUGCUACUCCAAGACCAUGGACUCCUGUCUCCCACAUGGGGCAGCUGGAGAGCCAUCUGAUUAGGCCAGCUAGUGUUGUUUUUUUCUGCCAUGAUUCACUGGGAUGUGAAGGCUGCCAUAAGAGCACAUGCAAUUACCCUUUGCUAGAGACAUCCAAUGCUACAGUUCAGAACAAGCCACGUCAAUCAAGUUUGAACAAGCUUAUCUGUUGUCUUUCACGAGUUUGUGUUGCUUUGAGCCGAAAUAGAUAUCAUUAAUACAUCACGACAACGAUUUCUGCUAAUGUUUUCCUUUUUUUUAAGAGCUUACGAUGCUGUCUGAUGUAUAUGACCUGUCCGUCUUUCAAACGCUCAACAAGAUGUUAUCAGACAUGGCUGAUGUUAAUGACUUACGGUGAAAGGAGAUUAAACUCCUCUACCCUGCAGCCCUGACAGCGACGCUCUCUUGAACGUUUUCCAAAACAAGACAUGCGGGAAGCCUCGAAGGAGCAGAGUUCAUGUGACAUUGUGAUCUUAAGAGUGUAAGUGACAGUGUGUGUCAGAGUAAAUGAGACGCUUUCUGAGACAUCAAGAGGAACGAAUAACAGGGGGUUUGGGAGAAAAAGAAAAAUCAAAUAGCAGAAUUAAAGUUGCAGGAGCGGUGCAGGCCACAGCUUUGGAAGUGAGACAAAGUUUUAAAAUGACAGCAAAGCCCUCAAACCCAAACAUUACAAUAUUUCAAUUCUUAUGGUCGGUGCUUUCACUAAUUAGUUUAGAGACAGCACUGCUUCCUCAGAGCUGUAUAACCCCAGGUUAAUCUUCUACAAGUGCUAAAAUGAUAAUAAUUCACAGUGUAGCAUGCCCUGAUAACCAAUACAGCACCAAAAAACAAGCUGAUUAAUGUUUCUAAGGUUUUUUUGACACAUUCUCUUAGCUGGCAGACAGUAAUUUGAAUACAAGAAUGAUAAUGAAAGAAAGAUAAGAAGGCAUCAUCUGUCAUAAAGUGUGAUAUUGUUAAUAAAGGAUCCUAUUUAUUUUUUUUAUUUUUAUUUUUUCCCAACAAAUAUAUUUCUGCUCUCAAAUGGUCCAAAUUCAAAGUACCUCUUUCAUGGCGCCCUAAGGCUCUCUGGAAAUACAUGUAAAAUAUCUGCCAAGCAAAUGGCCAGAGCUUCAGAUUUUGGCAGAAUAAUUGGGGGACUAUGAAUAACAUGUUUUGUGCCAUCUCAAACCUUUAAGCUGGAAUAAAGAUCAGUCACAAUUAGGCACUAAAUGUUGAUGUUUUGAUUCCUUCUGCUCUCUAGAAGUGAACUGCAUUGACCAGAGUGCAGAAGACAAAUGUUGUUGAUCUCAUCCUAUAUUUAAGUAAUUCAAUGAGCAAAAAUUCGAUUACAAGAAAAACACACAUGGAGCAUUUGCAUAAUGCCCGAAGCUGAAAUUCAGUUACAAUGAAUUAUGACUGGGCCAAACACAUGAAUGACUCCUUCCACUGCAAACAUGUCUUGUACUGCAUGCAACCUUGCUGGUGACAUCCAUUUUCAUUUCCCUUCUUGUUUUUUUUUUCUCCUGAAAGUUUAAUAAAAAUCCUUUUGGGGGCUUAGCAUGCACAGGAGGCUCGUCAUCAGGCUUUUUCUCCUUUUCACACUCAACACUAUUGAUCUAUUGCUGCGAAUAAUUGGGAGAAAUUAAGGGGUAUGGGGUCACAAUCACUGCAUCAAUGAGAUUGAAAGAAAGGUGGAGCAGAAGUGAAAGGUAAUGAUAAUGUUCUAGGCUACGGGAGGCAAUGAACCAUGAAUAGAUUUCAGGGGCUCACACUAAUGGUAACUACGGUGUUGUUGAGGUGACCUUAACAUAAUUUACAAAACAAAUCCAGUUUGAUACAUUACAAUUUUUUCUUUAUAAGCUUCCCUAGCAGUGGACAGCAGGGGUGUUGAAACAGUGUUGUUUAAAAACGACACUCAGUCAGCCCUGCUUGGAACUAGUAUCUACAUAAAUUUACUAACAGACAUGCAAAACUAACCAAAACACUCGGAAACUUUCCCAUUUUGUAUGAAACAUUUUCUGAAAUCUAAAGUAAUCUAAACCACAUAUCAAAGGUGAACUGUUAUGCUGAUUCCUAUUUUGAUACAUACUUCUUAGAUUACAGUGUUGGAUGACCAUACAAAACUGCUGCAAAGUUCAAUGACACACAUACAUGGACUCUCUCCUUCCAGUAUUUGCUGGAUUUACAUCUGGACUGUGACUGAAACCUGGGACUGUUCCAUCUAUAAAAACCACAAUAAUAAUAAUAAUAAUAAUAAUAAUAAUAAUGCAUCAGAUUUCAUAUAGCGCUUUAUCAGCACUUUACAUUGGAUACAUCAUAUAUUGGUUCACACAGUCACACCCUGGCGGUGGUAAACUACCUUAGUUGGCACAGCUGCCCUGGCGCAGACUGAUGCAAACGUGGCUGCUAGUUUGUGCCUACAGCCUCUCCGACCACCACCUCACAAUCAUACACCAGUGGAGGACACACACUGGGAGCAAGGUGGGUUAAGUGUCUUGCCCAAAGACCAAACCGCCAACCUUCGGGUUCGGAUAACCGAUUCAUAUAGACUCUGCCCUCACAAGCUAUAGAUAACACAAUGGCAGGUAAUGCAACAACAGCGUUACCUGUCAUACCUGCAAACACAUGCUAAUGUGGCAAAAAAGCUCAUACAAUACAAUGCAAUUUGGGGACAAUGACCUUUAACGACUGUCCCAAAGAUUGUUAUUUUAGUCAGGCCUCUAAUCACAAGCAUUAAAUUGCACGGCUUGUCCUUUUUUUAAUACCCAGUAUGCUGCAUACAAAGCCAGUUUGUGAGUUUAGAGUUAUAUGCAAAAACAGUCGAGCAGAGCAGGACUUUUAAACCCUUAAUAAUCAUCCUAAUGGAACAAACAUUGCCAAAUACCUCUAAACCUUUCACGGGCAACAAUGUCCUUGCACUGCUCCACCAGCACUAUUUUUGGUGAUGAAUGUACCUAAAAAAAACACUACAGUCAAUGGCUGGCAACCCAUGAGCAUUUAGACAUUCAUCUGUGCCCUCACUACAGGAUAACUAGCUCCCCGAGUCUCACUGCAAUUUAGUCAAGCCUGCCAAUAAUGCGUUUACCUCUUGCAGUGUGCUGCAGGCUCCCUACAUAUCUUAUUUCCCAGUACCCCAUACUCCCACUCUCUCUCUCGAUCUCUCUCUCUCUCUUUCGCACUACAUUGCACACUGCACAAUGGGCAGUGAUGUCAAACCUCCCACCCUUGUAUCUUCAGGGUUGAAUUAGAAGGCAACCUCAGUCAUUUCUCUAUAAGCCCAGCUCUGUGUAGCUGGUUUGUGGGUCUGCAAUAUACCUUGCGGUUGUUUGUCCGAAUCAACACUACUUGUAAUAACCCUCAUGAUUAGAUAAGUCAUAACCAGAUCCUGCUGUGAUUGAUUUUUUAAACAAAGCCUUGGGGAAGCUGGAGAAAUAAAAUACUGAAUAGAAACUGUGGUGUCAGUACCCAAGAUCCUCUCCAACGCAGUUCAACAUUUCAACUUUCUGUGUUUUGUGUGACUCAUUCAUGUUUGUUUGUGUGCAUGAGUGUAUUUCUGUGUUUGCCUACAAAACAAUGUGCGUGUUCAUCUCUAAGAAGACAAGGGUGUGUGUGUUUCUACUCUGUGUGUUGGUGAAAUCUGGAAAUCUACCUACACAUCUUACUGUUUUCUUUCACUCUGCCAUUCAGAGUGUUUUAGGGAUUCCUGCUCCAAAAAGAGUCUCGUAUGAAAAACAGUGUCAAGCUGUGUAAUGAGGGCAUUUCUCCUGUGGUUUGGUCCUAUUUUGGGUGGUGGAAAACCGUUGGUCUGCAGUGGAAGAUUUGUCAUGUCUGUGGCAGUUGUUUUAGGAACCAUACUAAAUAUAUUCAAAAUAACUAGAGAGUAGAGUUAAAGCAUCAGCAGGUGCUUCUCAUCUACUUUAAAGUCCCUGAUACAUGCAAUAAAUAGUGAAUGACAUAAUUCUGACUUUUAGAUGGUGUUAACAGCUAAUAUCAAAAACUGACCAUAUUUUAAGAACUGCAGAGUAUUUCCUAUCUGCCAAAAAAGGCCUGUAGUCACUUCAUCUCACACAGUUAUUGGGCAGAGAGAAGGUGCAAUAUGUGUAUGAGCGAGUGAACAUCAGGUACAUUAAGUACAGAUUAUCAGAUGUGAGUAAUUCUACCUGCAGGCCCUGGCUCAGCAGUCAGCACUGAUUUUUCAUCAGCCUCGGGAAUGUUGUUCCGCAGCAAAGUCUGCACUGUGACUUUACUUCUGAGGAGAGCCACAAAUUAUAUGUAAUCAAUAAAUACCAUGCUAUUAUUGUCUCAGAUUUGUCUUUAAAACACUGUGAAACGAUGUCCAGCUGGGUAUGUUGGGUAGAAUGACAAGCUCCAGUAAUACACGCAACGCAGUUAGACAAGGCGCAAAAUAGUUAAUGGCUUAAUUUUCUACAUGUUCUCGUGGCAGAUUUGUUUUUGGGUCAGACUGAGGAUUCUCUCCUUCUUCCUCUUAAUGAAUUCUCAAAUGCACAAUUGGUUCACUGAAACUGUAAUAAUGGCAUUUCUGGUGGAUAACUUUGAGACAAAUUACUUUUUUAAAAACUCCUGCUUAAACUGAGAGGCACUAACUGACUGUGAUUGAACUUGAACAUGUUUUGCUGUAAAGCUGCUGGCCCCAAAACCCAAUUUCUGUGAUAGAGCGUGGAUGACUUGGUUGAUGUAUAAUGACGUACAGGACCGGGUUAGGGGUCCUGUACUCUGAUGACAGCCCGCAUGUUCUGAUUCUGACAGACUCUGCCCUCUCUCUUCACACAGAGGUCUGUGGAGCUGAAAUGUACUCUCAUCAAAGGUGAUGGCAAAGGACCUCAGAGAAAGAGCUGCUGAGCCCCUCGACACAAAAAAAUCACAAGAGAGGGGAUUUCUAGAGCACUGGAGCAUCAUCAAUCAACAGCUAUAGCUAAAAAAAGAAAUAUUAAACAUGACUUAUGACACUGUUUCUCCUCAUCUAAGGUUUCAUUUGGAAGAAAACUUCAUGCCAUUGCUUUUACCUCCAUGUACUUCAUGUGCAGACAGAACAACGAUAACCUCAGAGCCGGCGCAGAUGGCAAUCAUUAAAGAAACAUUUAAUUUCAGAUUGUUCCAGGAAAAAGUGCUGAAGAAUAUCAGGGUAGUUGUUUGUGAGUUAAAACUGAACGUAUCUUUCGUCACGCAGUUUAAUAAUCGCCCUUAACACAAAGGUUACUCAGUUACUCAGAGGCUUGGAAUCGUUUAAAAAUUUGGGGUAGUCACAUUCCUGACCUUGAACCAAUUAAAAUCCUGUAGCAUGACUUGAAACAAGCCAUCCAUGCAAGUUAUUCAAAAAUACCAAUUAACUCUAGCUGCUAAGUAAACAGUAAUUGUCCAAAUUUUCCCCUUAUUUGCUCUGCAGACCUGAUCAGCAGCUAUAGAGAAAAACACAUACUACUCAUACUCUCUAAACAGAAGUUUCAACAGGGUUUUGUUUAAAAAAAAAUCAACUCGCUGGGGCUAUAUGCUAUAUUUUUAUUACAAUUCUUCUCACACUUCCUGUUUAAUGUCAUUCUUUAAAGUGCAUAUGAUAUUGCCCAUAUGUAUACUGUUCAUGCAUAAAGUAUGACGCUGUUCGGGGCUUGUAUUAUGCUUUCAGGCCCUACUUCAGUAUUCUGAUAGCCUGAGGAUAAAAACUGUCUUUCAUGAGAACGCUUAUGUAUCUCCCGUUCUCUUUCCAGCUCUGACAAAUGUGAAGCUGUGGGCCAUAGACCGACAAUGUUUCCAGACCAUCAUGAUGAGGACAGGCCUUAUCAAGCACACGGAGUAUAUGGAGUUUCUGAAAAGGUGAGAAUCUAGGGGUAAUUGUUACACAAUGACCGCCAAAUGGUAUGAAUAGGACUUUGAUCUGAAAAGCAAUGAAUGAAUUAACUAAAUGAAUUCAGGAGAAUAUGUAGGAGCUGCUUCUCAGGACAUUACUCAUUCCUCGUUUUUGCUGAUUAAUUAUGUAGCUAAACAUUAAUUUCAGCUGCAUAACGAGUCAUCAUUCAUCUUGGUUUUAAACCUUUAACUUUACAAUCCUUCUAUAGCGUCCCUCUCUGUAUCCAAGCCCCACUCAGCAACUACAUCUCUAUAGAGCAGUCUAUUAUCACUUGAAAGACACUCUUCUGAUUCUUCUGAAUGAAAUUUAGGAUAAAAGAAAUACUAAUUAAAAGACAGAAGGAGUGCAGUUCACAGUGACCAGGAUGCAAGAGAUGCAAUUACAAUGAAAACUUUGGUCGUCUGUUAUCUUUAACCCGAUUUCUGCUUCUGUUUUUGUCACCCAAUUUGGUCUUUAUCAACCCAAUUAUUAAAAUUGGGUUUAUUUUAACCCUUUCAUGCCUGAAACCACAAAUUAUGGUCAGCAAAUUCAAUUUUUUUGGGAGCUGAAAUGUUUAUUUCACUUACUACUGCAAACCAAAAAAAUCAAAAUGUCCUUAAAAUUUAACAAAUAUAUAUAUUUAUCUUGUUUGAUAAACUAGAUGUUUUUGGAAACUGAUAAACUACAAGAAGACAUUAUUAUCAUAUAUCGGACUGUAGGUGGUUUUUUUUAGUAAUUUUUUGAUCAUAUCUGUUUGAUAGAAGUAUCAUAGAAGUAUGGAUAAAAUAUGAUACAAAAGGCAUUAAAGGGUUAAAGUUGCUUCUUUAUUAUCUUAUAUUCUUGCUGAAUGCACCGCACUUAUUUAUAAAGGUUAAAAAAAAAAGCUCUACAGAGACCUCAAGACUCACUGCAACAACAGUCAAACCAACAAAUCCAUGAUUUAAAAUGAUAAUGUUUUUGCAAAACCUGGUUCAUUCACUGAAAUAAACACUGAUAUAACUUUCAAAGGCUAGUGAGACCAUCAGGAGGAAGACCGACUGACCUCAUACAGUUAUUUUCAAUGUGUCAGUGCUGCCACUGAGUCAGAGGAAGCAAUUUACAACACACUACGCAGAAAAAAACUCCAACUUAUGUUUCUGAUGAGCUUGAUGGUCAAAGGACCGACAUGUACGGAUCAGAAAGAGCAGAGACAAGAUGUACCCUUUUGUCCACAGGGGUUUGCCAAAUCAACACAAAAAAAGCUCCUCACAGCAGCUGUUGAAACUGCUCAGAAAAGGCGCACUACCAGGGAAAGUGAUAAGAUGAACUUCAUAAAAAAAAAAAAAAGAGAGAGAGAGAGAGAGAGAGAGAGAGAGAGAGAGAGAGAGAGAGAGAGAGAUGAGAUAUUGUUUGAAUAGCACAACAGGCUCUCUUUCAGACAGCUGUGCCAGGCACUGACAGUCACUAAACCAGGCCACGAGAGAAAGGCAACAGCUCUGACAGAGUAAAUCGGCUCGUUUUUUCCAGUAGUAUAUAAUAUCUCACUGCUCUACCUUCUACUGCUGCUUAUCAUGGGGCUGUCACAAAAGAUACAUAGCAUGCAAGGUUCAUGUGGGUGUUUUCCAAACCCUUGACCAUAAUGACAACACUGUUAUUUUUCUUGCCACGACAAUCUCCCCGGAGUGUAUAAUAGCCUGCCAUUGUCAGAUCAGUCCUGACAAAGCCCCUUCAUCCUCUACUGUACCUACAGUAUACUCCUCAUCAGUCUGUACUGUAGAGCAUCAGAAACAUGUUUGCACUCUUUUAAGUCUAUUUUCAAUUUUAAGACUGAAGCUAUUUUAGUGAUAGCCUCAACUAAAAAAAGGUGUAAAGCACUUUCUAUCUCUUUACUGAGCAUGAAAGCAUGUGCACUAUACCAGCUCUCCCCUCUCAGCCACUCUUGCGUAACAGUCCAACAGAUAAGUAAAUAUUUAAUAGAUGGACGUAUUGCUUGGUUUGGCUCGCUCUGUGUUUGGUUUGUAGAGGGGUAUCCAGGGAGGAAAUUUGAGAUUUAUAACAACGUUUGUUAAUUCACAAGAUGUAGAUAAUUAUGUUGCUGUUUUGUUUCCUAGAAGCAGAUCUAAUAAAAGAGCUGUAGUGAAAGCGUAAGAACAAACACAUGCUGGUCCCUGUGAGGCUCCUUCUACCCACUCUUUAACUGCUGUGAAAUUAUAUAUUAGCUCUCAAGUUGCGGAGGAGGAAAACAGAUGAAAAAUUGACUGAGAAAUCCCACAUUGUAUUACGGUUGGGAAGUGAGUGUAUUUAGGCAGACAUGUUUAUAAUCUUUUCCCAGAAUGUAUCAUAAAUCCCUUAAACAGAUAACUCGAGGAGGAGAGCUGCAAGGGUAGCAUCUAAUGAGCAGAAAAACAUUACCUAGAGAAUUUGUAUUGAUGUAGCAUUGAUAUUUUUAACGCCAGUCGGCCAUUACUAAACUCGCAACUUCAGAUAAAAGUCUGGCUGCAAGGCAAUGAAUAGAAGGCCAUUUGCAAACAAGUUUAAGCAUGGGAAAGCAUUAUAAAACCCUCAUCAAAAGGCUCUUGUUUCUUCUAGGUGUUUGCAAGAUAACCGCUGAAAUUAUCAACAGUGAUAUCGUGCUUCACUUUAACUCAUGCAACACCAAAAGAGCACUGAUGGUGGGAGAUUAAAAAUGAUCAAACAGACCACAUUAAUAAAACUGCACUUCCCUGUUGGCCCUAAAAUGACAAAUUAUUUGCUCUAACACCAUGAAGCCGUAGUAUAAAUUACACUUGUUGUUUGUAUUAACAGCAGCGCGGCUCGAGGGAUUCAGACUCCAUAUGCUUCAUGUAGAGUAAGGUCACCCUCUCACUGUCAAGCUGAUUGGUUAGUGCCUCUAUCAAGGAAACAACAGCACAAAGAUCAUCAGCACAGCCACUAAGGCCUGGUUUGGGGGCUGAGACUAGAUGGUUCAGAUUACUGUAAUAAAGCAUGGAAAAUUGAAGGAGGGGCGGGGGUGAGAUGUUGAGAGAUAAGGGCUUUGUUCACCAACACCAGUUAUUUUCUCUCCUCCUUGAUAAACAUUGGACCAGCAAAGCAAAGAUAACAAACCACACUGUGGCGUACUAACCUUUAGUGCUCUGUAACUACACACAUUACCAUGCUGAAAUGUUUAUUUUUGCAAACUGUAAUACAAUAUACAAGCCAUUUCCCUCAGCACUCUGUUUGUCUUAAUGUAUCCUGUAUUCAGGAUGGCUGUAAUUCUCUUGCAACUUCUGCCAGUAAACUGUUUUCUUUGUGUUUGGUUUAUCUGAGAGCCACACAAGAGCUGAUCAGUAGGACAUUUAAUAAAAGUGUACCUAUAUGUUCUUCCAUCAAAAGCCUUUUUCUUUCUUUUUUUUUUCUGCAGCGUUCCUACAUUUCACGGCUUGCAGGAAGAUAUUCUGAGCAAGCUUGCAGAUGUCCUUGAGGAGGUAAGUGCCUUUGACAUCUGCAGCACAGAGUCGACUCCAUACAUCUAGAUUUUCCAUACACUCGCUUUCUUUUGUUGCAAUGGAGGAACAGAGCCAAAUCUCAGAUAAUGAAUAAAGAUAAUAUAGAUUUCUUUUAGGCGGGGUGUCAUUGUGCACAGUUUGUACACUAUUUUCUAUCUUGCACUUAUUUAGUAUUUGCUCGAUGAGUAGAUGUCUAACUAUACUAACAGUUAUUUGUAUGAGCCUGUGUUCAGGGUUGAUCGAAGCAAACUACUGCAAAUUCUAAUUAGUGUUUAGAGGUUACAUCUACUGCGACUUAAAUUGUUUAAGUUUUUCUUUUUUAAAUAAACUUUUGGAGUGACGCAAGUGAACUAAAAGUGAAUGAAUGCUCACUGUUCGCUAUGAUAAAUGAAAAAAACUGGACAGUUCCCAAACUGCACUCACAAUUGAAUAAAAAUGGCUGUCUAGAGGGCAGAAAAUACAUUAAAAAGUCUCCACACUUUGCACAAGCUGCUUGAUGGACGGCUGUUGCGAAAUGCAAUCUGUUACAAACAGGCUAAAACAUGUCAUUUUGUAGGAUGUACCCCUCACACUGAUGACAGAGUGCAUUUUUAAAUGUGUCCCAAAAAUCACAUUUCUACCCCUCUGCACAUCACUUUAUUUGAUGUAUUUUCACCAACGUAAUUUAGUUAUGCAUGACUUUCUCAUUUACACCUCAUGUGUACUGCCAGCAUGGGGGCUUUUAAUGUUUUCAGGCACAUUCAAAUACAGCCUUCUCCUUCUUUUUUAUAUGUAAUUCACAGCCAAUGUGUCAUCAUUUAUAAACCAAAGAGAAAAUAGUUUGAGUCUUACCCUGAGGGAUGGAUUGACCAUGUGAUGCUUAAGCUGAUUUGGGGUAGGAGUCUCAAGUUGUGUCUCCUGCAAAAACAGCAAAUGAAAGACUCGCAUUUUAAACACAUUUUCAACCCACAAUCGAUGCAGUAAAAAAGUCAUGCGCUGACUUUAUAUGAACUGGAUAAAUGUGCUAGAAUGUAAGUAAACAGUUUGUCAUUGUACACAGCCAACUCUUACUACAUCUCCAUAGAGUGAGGCUGGAUUGGAAUUGAAUCGAUUUCAAUACACCAUCUUGUGUUCCAUCCAUCCAGUGGCAUUUUGUAGAGUUGCAGUUUAAACUCCUCAGUGAGUUUCUUCCUCAGAAGAGUUUAUACCUGUUUUUACAUCUGGUACUACACAGGAGCCAUUCUGUACAAAUCUGUAAUGUCAUACAUUACAGAUUUCAAACAAUGGUUGUUAUGGCCUGCAGUGAGGAAAAUGAAAGUUGCGUGUGUAACGUUGCUCGUAGGUGAGUGUGCACCAAUUAGCUCAACACCCGUUAUUAGAUAGAUUACAGAAGUAUGUUUGAGAACAUGUUUUGUACCUUGGCUAAAAGGGCUUGUCCUGUGCUAGUGUAAUAAGUUUUUUUUCUAACAUUUGUACCAAGAUAUAACCUAGAUAAGUGCUUAAGUACAUCCACGCAAACAGCCAAAUACCCUCUGCUUCCAUGUUUUGAUGAACCUACUCAGUCACAUACAUCUGUAAAGAUUCACCAUUAGGAUAAUUCGGACUAACCUCCAUCUGACGAGAGUGUGAUAUCGUCUUUAAAGACUUUUUAAUGAAGGGUUAAUCAGUGAUUUUUAAAGUUUGGUUAAAGCAAGUUGCACACAGCUCAUAAGAAAAAAAAAUACCAGUGGAGUAACCGGCGUACAAGAUGAUAGCCGCUGUGAUACAAGUAGUUAAUCUAGAACAGUAAUAUAAGUGUCAUGUUAUAUGGGUAUGCCCUUUUUGUAUUUAGAAAAACAUUUAUGGGCCACACUGAGAAGGUCAUGGUUUAAAUCAAGUGUGGUAUUUGUUGCAUCAUUGCAUGGAGCUUUUCUUGAAGUGGGUAAAAUAAAAACUGACAAUGUAAAGGCCUGACAGUUAUUGGGGUCAGAAACUAUGUUACUCAGACAAAGCAGUUCAGCUCUGUCUGUUGAGAUACUGAGAGGCAAGAGGACAAAGACAAGGAAACCUAUUGGACCACAAAUAACAGCAAUUAUGGAUGUUGUGGGGAAAUCAACAAGUAGAAAAUAAAGAAAGAAAAGGCGAAAGAAGCUCUGCUGCCAACAGUCUGCAACUAUUAAGUGUAAAUCCAGAGAAACAUGAGUAAACAACAUGAAUCAUGGGGAGUGCAGGCCGAUAAAUAAUAUGUUUAUAAAUGCAAAAGCUCUAAGAUGAUUUUUGGUGCAGACCUACUUCUUUAUAAUCUUUAAAUGAAAGUUACAAUUCAUUUGUAAUGUUUAAAAUAUGUUUGGCACUAUGUUAAAAACCAUUAGUGACUCAUACUCUAAUCAAACAUCCUUCUCAUUUCUGUAACCUAAUCAUCUUUAACCCGAGCCAUUUGAAGAGGGUGAGCUCUUUAACCAACAAUUAAAUUCAUGAGGUACUCAUGCUCAGCACAAGCAAAUAUACCUAUGAUUUUGUACAUAGUAUACACUGUACAACAUUAAUAUGUUAAUAACAAUAUGAAAAUGAAAUGUUUGGAAAGACAUGAGAGAUAUUUGUGUGGAUGUACUCAGAUGAGUGUUGGCUGAAUGACGUAUUAGUGUUUGAAUAUUGGUUUAAUUUGUAUGAACAGCACCAUAGAUGCAGUAAGUGACAAGCAUGAAAGGAAUGCUACAAUGAGUACAAUCUCACAUCAGACGCUUUGAGUGAUUUAUUUGCUGUCAUUCUUAAAAACGACCCAUAGUAUGUGUUAUAUGACCAGCUCAAGGUUUCUCUUAUUCUUUAAUAAUUUGCAUUUCUACCAAGAGGCUCUUUUGUGACGGCGGUGCGAGGUCACAUAAUGGUCAAAUCCAUCAUGCUGUCCUAUGUCCUGUCCUCUACUAUAAUGGAUAAUUUUGGUCUCAGAUUGAUUCUUGAUUUAAUCAGUCUAGCUUCUUUUCUGUUUUCCUCCCUGAAGGAAUGCCGGAGGAUAACAAUGUAAUAAAUAACACAAAAUUACAUAUCGUAACUUCAACCUUCUUCUAACAAGAGGUUUUGGUUCUGAGUCAUGUUGUAUGUAUGAAUCAGACAAACUCUCUUCUGUGUAAAGUAAGAUGUAAGGCACCUUUCCUGGGUGAAAUGGUGGGGGAAUAAAAAGCUGGCAAAUGCAGCGUGGAAUCUACAUAUGAUCUGACAAGGAUUGCUGAGCCCUCUCUCCAGUCUAGACUUGAGAUCUGUUGAGGCAUCUGAUUGUGUACUUUGCCAGAAAAACUGAAAAUACCCCUGUGACCCAGUGGAUGAAGUAAUAUACUUAAACAAAAAAAAGCAUAUAGCUCUUCACAUCAAUCAGCAUCAGAUUUGAGCCCGCUGCCUCACAGCUCUAAAAUGGAUACUGAGGACUGAUUCAGAAAGAUUCACCGGAGCUGACCUGUCCUCCAAUCAGGACUUAUUCACAUCCAGAGUCACGAAAUCAGGCAGGAAACAUCACAGCAGAUCCAUCACACCAUGACACAUUCAAACAUCUCGGCUCCGGGAGGUGUUACAGAGCUCUCAAUGCCAAAAUACAGCAGCUUUGCAUAGGCUGUCACUCUGAUGAACGGUUAACACUGAUCACCUGCUGUUAGGAACAAUCACGUCUCACAAUCAUCAACUCUGCAGUAUGUGAAAAUUCUAUAUUUUUCUUGUCUGUAUACUAAAAGACAUGAAAAUACCAUCGCCGUGAAGACCCACAUGCUGCCUGUACAAUAAUUUCCUCCUUAAUUGUGCAUAUAAAGCCAGCUAUUACAUAACUGACACUAUCAUUAUUAAUUUAGCACCUGUUGCAUUAUUCACUGGUACACUGUUGUCUCACUUUCUGCAAAUGUUAUUGUGGUUUUGUGUUCAUGUGAAUAUAUCAUAUUUAUUCAGGUCUUUAAUAUUCAUAUCUCUUUGAGUUUCAUGUUUUUUUAAGCUUUAUUUCAACCGCAUCCUUAUUCUUAUCAUGUUUAUGUAUAUUUCUUCUUCUUGUGUCCGGUACAUCGUGACAUAACAUGAUUUCUGAUUUUCUCUCCCUGGCCAAGGUUUCAUCUCAUUAUGUCAUCAUAUACAUCACUUUUCCAUACAUUGAAGGAGAGUGUCCUUGAAAUAAUCGCAUUCCUGAAGGUUGUCCUCCACACAUGAUGUGACUGGAUGUGCCACUGUGUACUUAUCUAUUGUUAAGCUUUGUGCUCUAGUAGAGACCGGUCUGGCAACUUGGGUCAGCUCCAGGGGCUGAGACUCUCAACAGGAUUACAGGGUGUAGAAAAUGGGUUGAUGGGUGGAUAUUCCGUAUUUGUUUUAGCUUUCUGCAAAGCUGGGAUUUAACUUCUGAUUUGACACAGUAGCACUCAUUUGUUCACCUAUUUUCAAAACCUGCUGUAUUCCCAGCCGUGGGGCAUUUACAAGCAUUGUAGUGUUGAAGGAAAUGAAACACCCAAGGGGCAUUAAAGGACUAGUUUUAACAAGUAAAAUAACGUAUAAUUGGGAUUUGUCUCAAUGCACCUCAUUCAGCCAUUCCACCUGUUCGUCAGUGGUGAGGGCAUCUCACUCUUAUUAAGAGAAAAGAGACAAGAGCACUACACAGAGCCUGAAUAACAUGUCUUUUCUUUGAUCUUCUCUCCCCUUUCAACAGACCCAUUAUGAAGAUGGAGAGUACAUCAUCAGGCAGGGGGCCAGAGGAGACACCUUCUUCAUCAUCAGCAAGGGAAAGGUGAGGAGAGAGCCUCCGGCCUACACCGAAAUAAUCAUGAGGGCAUCAUGGCACAUCGUCUUGUGAUCUUUAAAGCAAAAUGGUAGCACUUUAAGGUAAAAGUUGGCUUUCAUCAAUCAUCUUGAGCUGGGUGAGAGGGAGACAGAUGCACCGCCUCUUUCAUCAUUUUAUGCAGCAGCAAUAGGAGCUUCUAGGAAGGAGAACGGAGUCACUUUCAUUUCACCUCUCUGUCAUCAACACGUUUCACACCGAGCACGGAUGACUCGUCCUGUAGCAGCACUGUUGGGGGGCUUUCAUGUUCAUUUCUACUGUACUGCUCUUCCUCUGUGGUUUCUCCUGCUCAAUAUUUUCCUUUUUUUUCAUCAUUUUCUUUCCUUAGCAACAAGUUUAGGUCGAUUCCCUUCUUCUUUCCCUUUAUUCACUUCUCCUCUGUUUGACCCUGCAUUUCUUUCUCUUCAUUAAAAGAUACAUCUGUAAACAGUGGCUUACUAGAUGACAUAAUCAACCUCACAUAAAGGUGAACACUGGUUUAAAUUGCACGCCCCAUACAGAGGCUUCAGCCCUUGAUGGUGAUGGUCAGGGUUCAAUUCUAAUACAUGUUAUUUGCCUUUAUUGAUAGGAUAGUUGAAGACAGGCAGAUAUCAUAGAGAGUGGGGAGCAGACAUGCAGCAAAGGUUUGUGGCUGGCAGUCAAACCACCAACUGCAACAAGGACCACAGCGCCUGUAUAUAGCAAGCUUAAACUGCUAGGCCCCUGCAUUCAGAUUCGACCCAUGCUCACUUUUCCAAGAGUCUUUUUCUACCCACUUUUCUGUCCAUAAAAAAGGCAUAAAAGGCUUAAGAUUAAAACAUCUCCACCUUCUCUACUGUACAAAAGUGAUGCCAAAAUGUCCCUAAUUUGUAUCUAACCAUUUACCAAUUCAAAGAUGCCUUAGGAUAAUACAGGCCAGAGUUUAACAGCCUCUUCAGUUCGAUGGUUAUAAGGAAUAAUUUUAUAGUGUUGAGGUCUUUACACACCAGGCAAUAGGCAAAGCAACACAAGUAAAAGACACAAAAAGGCGAAUGAUUCGCCGGCGAAUUUUUUCUGUACACAGAGAGUGUUGUGGAAUAUUUUAAGGGACUUGUCCCAUAAAGCAAGGUGUUCCUGCACACAAAUGAUAAAGUGCUCAGUCAUGAUGAAUGAAUGCAGACUCGGGCUGAUGCUGCCAAUGAAGUUUGGAUGUGACGUCAUCGACAUAACAUCAUUUUGAUUGGUCAGAGGUCUGGCCGUUCGCCUUUUCGCCUCUGCAAAAUUCGUCAUGAGCGAAUAAACAGCAGUUGCUUUUUCGCUUCGCAUAUUUCGUUGCCAGUGUGUAAGGUUGCAUUGACUUCAAUAGGUUUAAAAAAAACCCCUAUUGAAGUCAACUCGAAUUCGCUCCUGGUGUGUAUGGACCUUUAGUGUACAUCCUUCUGUCUCUUGUUGUUCUUCCUCUACUUGCAAAGAAGUUUGUGAACAGAGCAAAUCGCUGUAUUAUACCGCGUUUUACAAAAUCAAGUAACUCAAACUUAGCCUCUCAGAAAUGACCUUUUAGUAGAAAUAAUAACAUCACCAAAACAAAUCAGGAUGGUAGAAAACAUGUUUGAGAAAAAUGUCCUUGGUGUGUAUUUUGGUUUUAAAAUUUGACCUAUUUUCCAUCAGUUGACACAAAGGAGGCAGGGUUUAUAACCUAUAAUAAAGCCAGUCAGGGGGGAGCUCAAAUGUGUUUUUGCUUUAGUCUUGGGGUGCUGUAAUGUUGUCCAUCUACCUGAACAGUCUACUGUGUUAGCUAGUUAUUUGUAACCACAAAAGGCACAACAUGGCCUAUGAGAGGUGGUAGAGGUCAAAGAUAUAUAGAAAUUCAUCCAUCAAGAAUGUUUUUCACCAUGUUUCUAUAUGUCCAGGGUGUACUUUAAGUGCCAGUGUAAAGAAUGAAGAUAUUUUAUGUUCCCUACUGUCCUUUUUUAACUCCCCUUCGACCCCAAACAGAUGCAACCCACUUCACAAGGUCAACACACAUACAUCAUGGCCAAACACACUUAUGGACACGAACAUGACCAUACACACACUCUCUCUCUCUUACACACACAAACAUCCCUGACCUUAUCAUUGCUUUCUGCUUGGCUGUUUCCUCUUCUCUCACUUUAUCUCCAUCCAGACCACAGACGGCACACUUUGUCUAGAGGACAUUCUGCCAAUUCAGCCGUCUCCCGAUAUACACACUCAUCCUGCCCUUUGGUCCGUACUUUCCAUCUUCUCAAAUUCUCAGUGCUGUUUAUUCUCUUUACUUUUACCCUUUUUCUCACAUCAUACAAUGUUACUCAAUUGUAGACAGCAUUACAAGUGGAGGGUGUGCUGCCACACCUGUGCAGAGCUGACUAAUGGAUGAAGACAAGAUCCUUCAUUAGGCCAAACAACCGUCUCCAUUCAUUUCCUCCAAGAUCUACUCAAGUGUCAUCGCUUGAUUUCUAAGGUCUAGCGGCGCAGCACAGCCCCAUCACUCACAUGUCAUCUGGCUAAUGAAGUGGUCAGCCACGCCUCCGCAUUCUUGCAUGGGAACCGCAGUCACCUGUUUAUAUCAGAGAAACCUGUCACUGAGACUUCUCCUUUGUGUCAUUUUAUGUGUAAAUUAGAUGCUAUCUUCUCUCUGGAAUUAUUCGCCCCCACCUUUGUUACACCGUUUCCCUUCCCAGCACUCAUCUUCCUGUAUUUCCUUUCUUUUCCCAGGUUAAUGUGACUAGGGAAGACUCGCCCAGUGGAGAACCGGUCUACCUGCGGAGCCUUGGAAAAGGAGACUGGUUUGGAGAAAAAGCACUGCAAGGGUAAGAUUGCCCUUGAUAGCACUGCCUCUUCCAAUUGAAAUCUCCUGCUCUCUAGCUGCUCGCUGCACUGUCACCUCUGUUGCUAUUUAUUUCCACUCGCAACCAGUUUUUAAUGUCCUUCAUCUUCCACUCAACAUGCAUCCACCUAUCCAGUCCUCUAGAUAAUCAGUCAGCUUUCAACUCUUAUCUGUCCUUAUUUUUCUCACCACCACCCAGCCUCCUUAAGACGGGUGAUCAUUUUUAAGUGUUUGGCAAUACUCUGUGACAGGGAACAUGGAACGACUCCCAGACUAAUUUAUUGUGGCUGCUAAAGACACAUUUUUUAAGUGUUACAUGUUUUUUUUUUCCUUUGUCUGAACCGUAAAAGCUUUUAAAGUUAAUCUGAACUUGGUUGUUCACCACUCACAGUAGUUUUUUUUUUUUUUUUUUUUAACUUAAAAACAUUUUAGCCAAACAUGACAAAAUGUGAUUUCCUGUUCCUCCAACUUAAACACUCUACAGCAUGACUGUUGACAGACAAUUAUAUUAUAUAAUGUACAAACUAUGACACACAGUCAGUUUCUCAAAACAAAAGACAGUCAUAACCACAUAAGCUGACACCAGUCUAUAGUUUAAACACAAUUACAGAUACCACAAUACAGAAUCCUUAAUUACAAGUGGACCUUGGUGUUUGACGGUCAUAUUGUAUGCUCUCAGCUGAACACACUUGCCUCUUUUAAACAAUAUUAUCUAUCCACUCGUUUUACUCUCCUCUCUUUUCUCUUCCCUUCCUGUCUCGGAGGACAGGGCUUGAAGAUAUCAAGGACAUCGUCAUACCGUCCUUGACUGUUAUAAUGAAUUUCCAGCAUCUCUACAUGUCUUUUAUGAACAUUUGUGUUAAAUCUGUAGUUGCAGUUUCAAUUGAGAUAGAGAGAACAUGUUAUAAAUGAAAAGUACCAACUAGUACACUAUGUAAGCCACGGACUGGAUUAUCUAUUCUAGCUGUUAAGAUGUACUCAGGCACAUACGAAGUAUCCCAGUUUUGUAUACUGUAUCAAAUGUAUCAAAUGACUCAGAGCAACCGUUAACAUUUGGUGCCAUCUGAGCACUCAAAUACUUUCAUUGUAACAACACUCCAGAGCAAUAAAAUUAUUUUAUAUGCCAGCUGGAGACAAAGAGCAGUGCCCUGAAGUGAUGUCUUUACCCUGCUGUUUGCCCUGUCUUGUCAUGACAGAGCGUCUCCACGGGCAAUGUUUUAUUAAAACAGAAGCAGGGUAGAGAUAGUCCAAAGUGUAUAACCGCUGGAAGGGGUCAGGUAGAAACAGAGAGCACUCGUGCACGUAAAUCUGAGUGACUAUACACACAAUGCCGGCAGUGACAGCUUGAAAUAGUGGGGAUGUCGCCAUCUCCUGGUGGCUAAAUGUGAGAGGCUGACCUUAGAGCUGUCAACCCCUCAAACCUUAAAAAUCAUCGAACAGGCGCUAGGUAAACACAGAAAAUGAAGAUGAACCGAGGCGGUAUGAUGUUUAAAGUUUGUCACAGGAUGAGUGAUUGUUGUCACUUGUGAAAGAACGGUGUAGUUGUGAUGUUCAGGGGACAGCUGGAGAUGCACAGAUGGCUGGGCUUUCUCCUUAUGUUGAAGCUAAUGACUGCAGGAAGACAGAGUAUUAAAGUGCAUGCAGAACAAAAGGUUGAUCCCUUGGCAGUGGGAGAAUUAGACUGAUCAGACAAAAAUUUGAUCAGUUAACACUGUCGAGAUGUGAAAAGAGCCGCCUAAAAAGAUGACACAAAAUAAUCAUUUUUAAUGGAGGGAGCAGCUGUUCGUCCUGUACACUAAUGACUAAUUUAUGUGUAACCACAUAAAUAUAGUAUAAAAGACAUGCUUGUCAGUACACAUAAAUAUAUGUUUAUUUUUUCCGGUCUAACAAGAAUAUUAAUUCAAGUAGUGUGCUGCUUCUUUAAAGGGCCUUUGAGAGCAUCUCCAGCUUUGUUCAACCUUUGACGACGUAUCUUUCUCUACAGCCUUUCAAAACAAAGCACCCUCCUACCUCAGCACUGUUAGGCGUCACGAACAUCUCCUUUUGUCUCAGAGCGUCUUGAAUGAGAGAAGCCUCUUCAAAUACACCUUUGAUGGUCGAACAUGUCUUGCAAAUUUAAAUGACUGUGAUGCCAGUCAUCUUGGACGCAGGCUUUUGAUCAGAGGGCUCUUCUGCGGGGCACUCUCUCUAAUUAGAAGUUAACUGUGUGUGUCCUUGCUCACAAAAUUCAAAAGCCGCCCCUACUCAAAGGCUACUUUGUCCACCUGAAGAUGUUGCCUUUGAUCCAUGAGAACAACAUAUUUACAAAUCAAAGUCAGUUUUCCUGCUGGCUAUAAUGAUUUGUUGGAGGUGAGUGGGUUGGGUGAUACAUAUGAGUUUGUUCAUCAAAGCAGCUAAAAAUAUCUAACACUGCAUGUUUUUCAAACCAGUUGUGUAACCCUUAAUUGGUACGCGUAUAUAUCUAACCCCAGUUGAUGGAUGAAGUAGACUCGGGUUUGACUUAUAUGUCAUGUUACACUAUUUCUGUCAUAGUCAAGUGUGAACUUUGAUUUGAGGUGUAGAUCCAUAGAGAAUAGACAGUGUGGCUCUGACUUCCGCUGAGAGUGCACUUCUUAUGUGUGUGUUUGCAGAGGUGUUCAAGUUGAGGAUGUUAAGAAAAAAAGAAAGUGUGAUGUCCACGACAAGUAUGUGAUUGGUGUCAGUGUCAGACCACAUUUAGACCUCUGCCAGGAGGUUUUUUUAAGUGUGGGUGUUCACUCCAGGUUUAGGUGAGAAAAUGAAACAGGGCUUGAAGGCAGGUGAGCUUGUUUUUUGCCUUUACAGUGGUCAUACUGAACAACAUUUUAUUGGUGUCCUAUUACGCUCUGGAGCUGCCAGUCAGCUCAUGCUCUGUAAGGGCCUGAGGGUAGGCUACGAGCUGCUGCAGUAGGUUCAAUUUUACCUUGUAAUGUAGCUUUUGGGGAGCUUAUCACAAAAUGCACGCAAAUUCUUGGCAAUCAACUCUGCUGUCAAAGAGGCACUUUGUUUUAGGACUGUUUGCAUAAGCAGGGCAUAUAUGUUCUUUGUGGUUUGCCCAUAAACAGACCCAGCUGAUUGACACCCCGUGUAGGUAAAACAUUUGCUCUGGACAAUCUUAUCAUCCCUUCAAAAAUAGCGAAAUAGCCCUUUUAAGGUAUCUAUACAUAGCUUAUCAUCCUGCUCUCUUCACUGGAAACCAUGUUAGCCAAAGCACUUACUUCCUCUGUUUGCUAUUAGAUACACAAAGUUUAUAAGGAUUAAGUACUAUUAAAAGUGUAUUUCUCAGUAUAACAAUCGGUCUUUCAAUUCAAAAAAAGGUGUGACACUGUACAAAGUUGACAAAACAGAUUUGGAUGGUUUACAACUCAUUUAAACUCUUUAAAACUGAAAAUAAAGCAAGGACAACUUUUAACUUUUAGGGAUUAAACAUUGUUCACUGUUUUAUAAAAAUGCUGUGCUCAUUUUUGAUUUGAUAUGAGUAAGAUAUCCCAAAAACUCAGGAUGGGGUCCACAGAAUGCUAAAAUUACUGCAUGUUCCCAAAAUCAUUUCCAAAAACUGUGACCACAAUUCACAAAUAAAGGUUUAAACUCAAAUACUCCUAUCAAAAAAAAAUCCACAAAUGAGCCACAAUGGCAAGGAAAACAUACCUGAAAUAGGCAGAUACCUCAAACAGGACCAGACUCAGUGGAAAUCAGCCAUCUGCUGUGACUGGAUGGGCUGAAAAAGUAGGAAUAAGGGAGAACCAUGAAAAAGGGAAGCAGAGAUAGACAGAUAGCAACAACAAUAACAACAGAUUGUACAGCCACUCCUCUCAGUUUAUGCAGUUAUAAUAUCAAUAAACAAAGAUUUGAAGCAUUUUGAGUUGAAGCAAUGCUCAACUCAGAGCAAAUCCCAUGCUGCCCUUGUUAUUUUGGAAAAACGCAUGAUUGCUCCAUUGCAAUGCUGUUAUGAACAGGAAGGGACUUUUUCUUGAAAGUUUUCCCACAGGCCAAAAUGUAUUUUAGGUGUUGGAACCUAGGGGGCGGAAAGGAUGGGGAUAGAGAUGUGGGCGGAGAGGUAGGGGGGCUGAAAACAACAUUACACAUCGAGAACAAGCAGCAGCCGGGGCCCCGAAUUCACAAAAAUAUUUCACAAGUGUGUCCCUUGCUGGCAGACUGAUCCGUCAACUGCAUGUCCGAGCAGGGAUUUGACAGCGAGAAAUAAUAAAUACAAACACUGCCACAGAAGGUUUAUUUUUGGGCAAGCCACUGGAAUAAAUUCUGUAAACAAGAAACACUGGAUCCAAGUCAGUGUGCUCAAGCUCAGACUUGUGAGUGCCUUCUCCACAGCACCUCUCCCACACUGUCUGUGUUUUGUUAUUCUAACAACACGGCUUUGACUAAGGUUAAAGAGCUAACACUUCAAAUCUGAAUGUUGUGGCUUUAAAAGAGGAUAUAAAUUCACCUGUGAAGUAGUGUUUUUCAAGCACUUUAGUUUCAUGAAUUGGAGUCAGUUUUUAUUCAUGAAUGUAAAAAUGUCUUGGAAAGUGGUUGGACCCUGCAGCUAUGUGAACGUGCAUAAUUUAUAGUUAAUAGGAAAAACUGCACCAAUGCUCUCUCUCUCUCUGGUUUGCUUAAGUACUUUGACACCCACCUGUGAAGUUUUAUACACGCUUAUCAGGCCCACCUGAAUACCUGCAACCUCAGAAUUGCAGCAAACAAAACACUGACUGUGUAUCUGAUGGCAAAAUCUUAUUCUAGCCCCCGUCCUGACCUCAGAUUUACUCCACUCCCUGUAGCUCAGGGCUACUGCCCAGCUCUCUGCCAGAGCGUUAUUUUCAUAACCCUUUUCCCAGGGCACCAGAUCACUGUCCAAUUACCAGGUUGCUUUCUGCUAUCUUCUGGAAAUCAACACCACGAGCUGCUAAGGGCAUUCCCUACACAGCAUGCAGCUGCUUCUUCUGCGUGUCUGUUUCCAGUAUAUUUCUUGUUACGUCGCAAUUAACAAGUGUGGAGCCAUCCCUGGCUGACAUAUGACUUAAGCGCGGCGGUGUGUAAAUUAAUCAUUCGGACAGUUAGAGGUUGUGUUUCACAUACAACAUGGCCAGCAUCAACGCGAUGCUACACUGGGCAGUUUUCAUCAGUUAUGCUCAUGCAGCGGGGGACAGGUGUAACAAGCUCUGAUAUGAAACCCUUGAGGGCUCUUAAGGAUGAUUCAUACUUACAUAAUAAGUAUUUUAAUACAGCCCAGAGUGUUUUGUUGUUAAGUUGUGACACCGUGGUUGGCAAAUGACACAAACAUGAGCACGUCCUCUUAUGAGAUAAAUUAACCAGUGUAACAGAUUGUGGCUGCCGCUUUUGUUUUAGCUCAUUAUCAUUGAUGAGGAAAGUGCUCCGAGUGUGUGUGCCUGGUAUGCAAACUUUAUUUAUUAAAAGCGGUGAUUGACUAAAACACCUGACAUUUAGGCUGGGGUAAAACUGGCUUUGUCCUUUGAAGUCUUGGUAUUCCUUGAAUAUUGACUCAAUUUUUUAACUUUCAGUAAAGAGGCAGUUUUUUUCAGAUUCACACAUUGCAUGAUAUGAAUUUAGAAACUUGUUUGAGUGACUUGACUGCUGCAGGUAAAUAUGUGGAGGUGUGGAGACAGUUUAUGAAAAGUGACAAUAGCUAGUGGAUUGUCAAUUUCAGAUUCACAUCUGGCAUUUACAAGCUUGUGUGCCUCAGCAGUUAUGAACAGAGUGAGUGACUGUUCAGGAUAUUUAAAUAACCAUCAGAUCAGGUUUAUAUCAUGCUUUCUUUACAGCCUUGAAGAGUAGUGAACUACAUGUAUUUAAAACAACAAAACUAAAGCUCCUAUGAGGAGUUUUUACAUCAUUUAAAAAAUACACUGAAAUUCAUACUGAUGCCUUUUCAUGAUAUCCAAAAGGAUCAUUAGUUACAAAGUUGAUGAUUUUAUUAUCUCUUUUUUUAAUGCCUGAAGCAGGGCAGAGGGGGUGGAUGUUGGCUAAGCAGCUGGAGACACAGCAGUGUUUUCACAGUUUCUGCAUAAAACAUUCACAAUAAAUGAUAUAAUUUACCACUGAAUGUUAGCAAGUUGAGAUAUUUUUGGUCAAAGGUUAAUACUUAUUCAUGUGGUGGACAAGAUAAGCUAAUACUGCUUUGGCCACGGGGGUUGCCUAAAUUGACACUAACUGAAAAUUACUCACAAAAGCUUCAAUUUUGCAGUAACUUGCUGUUGGUUGAAAUUUUAAUGGAGAUAGGUAAAUCACUUUUUUCUCCUGUUAAAGGUGCAGUGAUUUUGGCACCCCCUUUGGACAAUGUGAUACUUUGAUACUUCAUUUCUCUGCCUGUGAGAUAUGGUGGUAGUGGUGUUUUUAGACAAAAACCUCAUCUUGUUGUCUUGUAAACGUGACAUAUGAGUGAUUUUCAUGGGAAAAGGAAAUUGGCCGUUUUCCAGCCUGCUGUCAACCAUCCUGUCCGACACCUCCCCCCUCACUGUAACAGCAGAUAAAUAACCAGCCUUGUCAUUGAUGGUUUCAUUUGAUCCUGAACAUCAUAAAGAGGCAUCAGUAUCAGUUUCAGUCUGUUUCUCAGCCAGUCAAAACUCCUUUUAUGACCUUUAAAGUACAGGAUUGUUUUAAUUAAUUUAUUACAGCUUAAGUCGCUCUCAGAUGAUAGAGACCCCUGAUAUUUUGCAGCAGUGUAAAUAUCAAAUUCCCUUCUGUUUGUGGAAAGCCUACGUAUUUUUAUUUAGUCUGGGAAAAGCUUUUGGUCCCUUGGGUGUUGCAGGUAUCCACAAAGGCACUUCAACUUUAAGAAGGAAGAUAAAGUAUUUUUACAAUGUUUUAGUCUCAGUGUAAAUAACCGGGGUGAAUAUUGAAUGAGUUUAUAUGACAGCAGGGUUGGUGAUUUCUUAUUGUGUAUUAACAUAUAUUAGUGUCCUGUUGCAGCAUUUGGAUAAAAGCUUGAUCUACAUUUCAGUGCUGCCUCGGUGAAACAAAUAGCUCAUCUGGAAGUUAUUAUUGUUGAGUUUCUUCCAGUACAAAGCUAUUCAGGGCUUCAAAUCAGUGCUCUCAAAGCAGCUAACCAGCACCAACUCUCUUCAUAUGACACUGAUGAAUGUAUAAACUUGUCGUCUCACUUUCUCUCAUUGACUGUCACUCAUCAGGCCCCUUUACGCAAGCUUAAUAAUAGCAUAACCAUCAGUAACAAUCAUACUGUAACAAGCAGUCAUGAUCCAAACUGGGGUCUUUGUUGAUCCACCAGACAUUAACUUGCUUACUAAUACCGAGUGUUUCCUUAUGUAAAUGGUAUUACAUGCUAUUGUGGCCAAACACAGAGGCAGGUGGAGCAGUAUGUGCCAGAAUAGUGAGUUUGGAACGUGGAUGCAGGUCUUUGGAGCUUAUCGGAGUUGAAUGAAAUACUGUAUGUGUCACGAAACAGCUUGAGGGCCUGAGUAGUCGUCUGUUAAUAUAUCCCAUGCCUGUGACAAACACCGCUUUCCUCUCCAACGUGCCCCUCUCUCCUGUAGUCCUCACCUUUCAAAGCCUGUUGUUCCCCCACCAGCUGUGACCUUUAUUCAGAGGGGUCAGCAGAAAGACUGCGUGUGUGAGUGCGUGUGUCAGUGUGUGUGUGUGUGUCGCGCAUGUGUGUUUGGAAGAGGGAAGUCAGAGGGAGUUGACAUAGCAGGGGAGACUUAUCACCUCAGCUCUUUGAAAUAGGUGGACAUGUGUCUGAGUUCAGUCCAGACACAGAUUGGGAAUGUGAGUUACUGUUAGCAUUCGAGUCCAGAGAAGAGUCCUUUAUAACCUUUUAUUGUAGAGAUAUAAAACUCAUCCAGAGGAUAAUCUUUUUUGAAACGAUGGGCUACAAAGCCAUCUGCUUAUGGGGCAUCCCCAGAUGAGUUUUCCUCCUUUUUUUAUUAGCAUUAUUGGCUUAGAUAAAUUGAAUAACACUUAACUCAGACUGGAGAUUGAUCUACAAGCACUGCAAAUGUGUGUUUUGCUGGAGGGGGCUGACCUGCCCAGCCUGCUGGUUCUGAGUUAGAGCUCAUUGCUGUGGGACUUUUUAAAGUGAAGGAUGGAUCCUUGGGAUACAGACUCAGAGGAUUCAUGCGACUGGGGAGACUCCUCUGAAGAGGCGCUGUCAUCAGAUGAAGACAAUCUUGAAAAAGAGUAAUGUCGAUCAUGCAGUUAUGUGUGUGGCUUGUUGGAAAUGAUGAUUUUAAUGUGUGCUAGUGCCAUUUAAAGAGUGAAUGGGUUAUAAACUCUUCCAUUGUCAGAGCUCUGAUCGAGAAUAAAAAUAAACAUAACUGCAAUUUUCAAUGACAAAUCACUGGGUCAAACUAACCUGAAUGUGUUGUUUUAUUUGUCUCGGCAGGGAAGACAUCAGGACAGCCAACGUCAUUGCAGCAGAGGCCGUCACCUGUCUAGUCAUCGAUAGAGAGUGAGUAUCAGACAAAGAGCGCAAAAUUCCUUUAGUCUUCAAGCAAUUUAAAAAAAAUGAACACAACCAGUGACACAAGAGCUCAAUGAAUUUCACAGGCAGCCAAAACAAGCCCGCAAAUUCUGCUUUCUGAAGCUGCACUUGCCUGUGUAAAGCGCUUUUAAUUUCCUGUCUGCUCUAAAUUUGCCGUAUAAAUAAAGCAUCCUUUACUCAUUACUGUCGGGCAAGGACGCUUUCUUGGAACAGGCUUUACAAACGCUGCUUCACUAAGACAUCAAAACAAACCAGCCUCUCUGUAGAAAACAAAUAGCACGCUUUAAGGUGCCGCGCUAUUCAUUUUCUACCUCAAAGAGACAGAUCGAAUGUCAAGUUUUUGUCUGAGUAACCGCCAAAUUCAAUUUAGAAAUAAUCAGAGAGCUUUGAAUUUAUAAUGGAUCAUAAAUUUGUAGAGUCAUGUUUCUUUUUUCAUCAUUCUAUCUCCUUGUUCUAAAUUCCAUUUGCAUAGUUUUGUGGUCAAAAAAGGCAAUCCCUUACACUGCCAAAAGUCGACACAUUGAUCAACUCUAAAACACUAAAUUCUUAUGUAAAUGCUUUCCCGACAAAAACCAAGUGCUUUCAGGAUCUGGGCUUGUUUUGCUGAAUUACAUCACUCAUGCAGGUGUUAUAUCGACCCUUAAUCCUGAAACCGCCUCAGGAAAGCACUGAGAUCUCUUCAAAAUAUGUGCAUGAAUAACUAACAAGGGCUAAUUUAUGAAUGUUUGUAGCUGUUUGAUUGUAGGGUUACAGCAUGUCUUGAUAUUUUAUCACAGGUUUUAACGCAUCUUUCUAGCAAUGUACUCAAAAGGAGAAUCUGACAGAGUUUAUAUCAGGUCAUUACCUAAGGAAACGGCCUGUCUCAGGACAUUUAUGUCUCCAACCUGAAGUAGUUUGAAGGGAGCAGGGAGACAGAUGGAUACUAAACGUGGGAUGGAGAUGAUAUCGGCUUACCCAGGGCCUUUCUCUGGCCUCAGGGAGCACAACAAGCACAAAUGGGCCAUCCAGAGCCAGUAGAGGAGAUAGUGCGCUAUGGAACGCAGGUGAUUACCACCGGCUCUCACUCUGCCUGCCACAGAAGCAGUUAAUACUACUACAGCCAAAAAAUGUUGCUCAGUAUGUGUGCGAAUCACCUAACCGGACCACUUUUGGUGCGGAUUCUUGGUUGUUAAUAUUUGAAACUCUGUCAGUUUGUGUGGACUGUGUGUGUCCAAGCAUGUAAGAUACAUCAAAAGAAAAGGAGUGCAACUCAAGAGGAGAUAUUUACAGGAGCUGUGCUGGAGAAAAGGGAGGGGAUAGAUACUGUGGGAAUGAUACAUGGAAUAAAAUUUAACAGCAGGGAGUUGGCAACUCAGUACAGUACAAACUGUAAGCAGCCAGACAUUUAAAAAAAGAAAAGCUCGGCAACAAUCCCCGCUUGCAGGCAUUAUAGUCUCAACAGGAGAAAACACCAGAUGUAUUACAUCUUCUGGCUGACAGCUUGAUGAGCCUUGUGCAAAAACCGUCUCUGUUAUUUGUUCUUGCAGGAUGUUUGGAGUCUUUAGCAUACGCAGCCAUACUUCUGAGAGAAAUGAGCCAAAACGAUGUUAUUUUUCAUGUUGCAGCUCUCCCCUUGAGUGCAACUUUGGAGGAUUAUUUUUUAGGGAGUUAGCUUUAUUAUGGAGCGUAUUAUUCUGCAGUGAACUUCUCCUUUUAAUCCUUCUUUAACUCUCAUAUCCUGUUUGAUGUUACUAAUAAGAAUUUAUUAAGCUGCAGUAUAUCCAGUAGGCUGAUGAUUAUUUUACAUUUAAUAUUAAGGUCUGAGGGGCUUGGCCUUCUACGGUGUUGACUCUGUUUCUCUCUGCUGAAGAACUUCACAAAUGCCUUUCAGCUUUUUAUAUGUGAAGAUAAUUUGCACACUAUCUGCUUUGGUAUGGUCUUAUUUUUCUCUUAAAAUUCAUUAGUUGUAAAUGUUAGCCUGUACCCCACUCAGCUUGUAUACCCCUCAGUAUCCCAGUCCUUUUUGUCUGCCCUCCGUGACUUUUAGAGGCUCGACUAUAAAAGCAGAUGUAUAAAUAUUUGAUAAUCGCUGGUAUGUUUUCAUGACAGUGUGGUCACAAAGCCGAGCAGCUUCCUCAGAUCGCCCACAGAGUACAAACUGCUUCCCUUCCUCAUAGCUUUGAGCGUCUCAUGCAUUAUAAGAUAGUGGAGUGUGUUACUUUGGGUUCAACAGAUUGUAGAUUCUUGAGCAGAUUAAGAAACACUCAUAAAACUUGUACUAUUUUAACAUACACUGUCUGUUUUACAGUUCAUUCAAGCACCUGAUUGGUGGUUUGGAGGAUGUGUCCAGUAAAGGCCAUGAGGAUGCAGAUGCCAAAGCCAAGUAAGAAAACGAUGGUUUAUUUGUAUGCAUGAAUUAAUUAGAAUACUAAUUAUGAAAGUCCGUCUCACUGCUCUAUGCUUUCGGUUUGUGCUGUCUUUUUUUUUUAGCAUUUUUUUUUUUAUUCAAUUAAUUUACGCAAAUGAAUUUUCCAUCUCAGUAACCUUUAAAACCAUUAGUGCUGAGUUUUAAAAAAGAGACGCGCUCCAGGCUGGACAUUUAUGCAUUGUGUCUUUAGGUCUGUUACAUAACAACACAAUACCCGUGUGGCAGGCCAGAAGCAGAGGCUAUGACCUCCGCCUCUAUUUCUGGAGGAAUUAAUAUGUAGUCUAUUUACCGUCGCUAUGGAAACAAGAGACUACAGAAGACAUAGGGCACCUUGGCAAUGAGGUGGGCAUCUUGGGGUUCAGGCGGUUACGUGUUGGCAUAAUCUGAUACCUCGCUCAUCCCGUGCUAUGUUGUGAGUCAAGGUGAGGAGAAACAAGAAGCCGGUAAUGACAGCUCACAGAGAAAGAGAGGGCAGGAAUGGAUUAUCACCUCAGGAGAGAUGGAGCACCAAGGGGAGAACAAGACGGGGGGCCAAGCAGACCGCACUUGUGUCUGGAUUUCUAGCCGAGUGCCGAGAGUGUCAGUCAUCUUUUGGAAUCUAAUGGGCAGAGAGCAGGACACAACCGCAAACUCCGGUGACACAGACCCUGUGGAGAGAGAGGGAUGACAGGUUUAGUGGAUGGCCUCUGGUAUAGAUGCCACGAGCCAGAUGGUCCUUAUAGCUUUUUACCUGAUAGAGGGGGCCCGAAAGUGCUCAUUCUCUAUCUCAUUUCUGCAUCUCUUUGUCUUUGGGGGCUCUUUUUUUUUUUAAGACUGAUAUUAUGCAAAUUAGCAGCACGUUCAGUGUUCCUACUUCUGGUAGCCUUAUUAAAAACCUGAUUCUCUACAGAGUUACACCGCUGACUGCCACUGUGCUCCUCUGCUCACACUGAAACAGUUUUUUUUAAUCCUGAUUAAAGGUAGUUUCACCACUGUGUGUUCUGUGUGUGUGCUGUCCCCUCGCUCAGCUAAGCACAUUUGUGUCUUGAUGAGGAAAGCCUGAGUCAGAUCCCACAGUGAUGGAAACUAUCUCUAAUUGGUCACAGCGGAUAUGCACAAUGCGGCUGUUCUGUUAUUAUAUGGCAAACUAAAGCUGCUGUCUGAGGAUGACAGCUACUUUCUCCAAAGACAACCUCCCUGUGAGUCUGAACCAGGCGCUGCUUCUUCUGCAGGAGGAGCUUCACGCCACACAAAGUUCAAUGAACGCAUCAAUCACUGCUUCCACUUAUUCUUUAGCAUGCAUACAACAUUAACUGAGAGCUUUGAUCAGUAAAAGACAAAAUGUUAUUAGUUAUUGGUAUUGGUAAUAAGACUUGAUAAUGUUAGUGACAAAUCCUCCAUAAAAUUUGACUGAUUCUGUAUUCCCUUGAGCAGUCUUCGUGUAUUUCUCUCAGGGAAUUGAAGCAGCACUCAAAAAUUUCGACAUUUUAUAAUGCCUGAACUCUCUCCUCUCGUAUCUUCCCAUUUUUACUGGUUGCUGUCUAAUAGAGCCAUAAAAUAGUUCAAAUCUCCAUUCUCCUUGUGAUCAAACUAAACGGGUGAACUAUUUCAUACUCUGAAAGGUUGAAAGCUGCUUUUGAUUUCUCCUUUUUUUAUGAAAUUAGUCUCAUUUUCCUUCCAAAACUUUUGGCAAGGUGUCUCAAAACUCUUAUGCAAUAAAUCAAACUUCCGGAAGCCUUAAACUGAAUAUAAAUACUUUCCCUCCCACUUACUCCGAAUCACAGCCCAUCUAGCAUGAGUGAAGUUAGAUGAGGAAAAUAAGAGCCGGUGUGACUCAGCAAACCCCAUGUCUCUCGAUCAGGUGUGGGAGUUCAAUAAGGAGAGGUAACCAGUAAAUAAAGGUGCCAGUUAAUGAGAGACAGCUUUAAGGUCAGUGCUGCUGUCCUCUCCUCUCUUUUCACUUGAGUCAUGCAAGACCAAGACGCACCGGAGCAAAGGAAAUGACGAUAUUAGUGCUCACACAGUUAGGAGUACACAUGGGAAUUGCAUCAUUUUUUAUGAUCUCAUCCGCUCACUGAUACAAAUAAUCAUCCGCUGGGAUGCUGCUUGACCUGCACUUUGUACUUCAGUGGUAGGAAUUUAUCUGCCGCGUUACACUUAUAGGAACAUGUUAUUACAAACCUCAAAAGACUGCUUCUGCUAUAUAACUAAACGGUGAUGUACUGCGGCGUUUGCUGGAUGCAGUUGAGCUCUGUGUUCUGAGUCAAGGUCAUGGUUUAGACGUAUACUUAGAUGGAUCUAUGGUUGCAGUCCCAUUGGGUCUGCUUGCUUGUAUCACAUUCCAUGUAGCGCUUCAGACAUUGACACUAAAGUGCUGUUUGCUCUAAAACAGGGACAUUGAAAAGUGUUGUUGACAGCUUUUCAAUAGAAAGAUAAUCCACAAAUAUCUUAACUAUUUGUCUACCAGCACUCAGAUAUGUUUUUAGUCACAAUAGGAAGUGAGUUCCUACGAGGAAAAUGCAACUGUUCAUUAUAUUUGCAUUCCUGUAAACUUGGCAAGUUGUUUCCAAGGUCAUUUUUUUCCUCUUUAUAUUUAGAAAAAAUGUUUUGAACAUGAGAGAAUGAAUGAGUCUGUUCUUUCUCUUUUUUUUUCUCAAUAACACACAAAAGAUUCAAUCAAAGGUUUUGUAUUGGAAAGAGGUUUGCUUUUUACCAUAAUUCUUCUAAUAGAACAAUGACGCCACCUGCUGGUGAAAUGGUAUCAUUACUUUAAAUUCCACACGUUUUACUGUUAAAGAAGACACUUCUCUCAAUCACUCUGGGGAAAUUCAUUUUUUACGCAGUUAUGGGACAAGCAUUGACCAGAUUUAUGUAAACUUGCACAAACAAAUGUCCAGGAAAAGAUCUGGCACAUCUCUGGCCACCAACCCAAUCCUCACUGAGAUUUAAACUGACAACCCUCCAGUUCCUAGGCCAGCCUUAGCUACUUCCAACCCAGAAAACUGCAAAUUAUAGCUUUAAAUUUUGAAAGAAUAUGCUAGACCUUGCUAAUAAUGUGACCCAAAUACCCAUGUCCUUGCUUCAUAGGCUGUAACUGUAUAUUUCAGUCUCAGUGUACUCAUAAAUGCUCGAGCAUGUGUCAGUUCUCCUGAAAUUAAUGAUAAUCCUGUCCUAUACGCAUUAAUGUCAUGCACUCUCAGUUACUCACUUACUUAUCUGCUCCUGUAAACAGAGAGCAUUUUGGGAUUUGGAGUGUAUCGUCUGGGCUGGUUUCCAGAUUAUGGGAGGGGCAGAAAAGAUAAAGGGAUCACCUAAGAAUCCUACAUGCUUGUAGUAGUGCCUAUUCACACACAGAAAUAAACAGUGACUGCCCUGGUAACCUGAUGUGUUUCUGAGAAACGCAGCUCGGUAACGUGACAACGCUGCCUGCUGGUGUGCACCUUUCAAAAUAAAAGGUUUUAUUGUUCUCGUCCUGUGUGGAACUGAUGUAUGUGGUGGAUGUGAUGGAGUGAAUUCUCUUCCCACAUCCUAAGUGAACUAAUGAGGUUGGAAAAAGUAAGAACGUCAUGCGUUCUUUCACCAAGUUCAGACCGGGAGCAGGACUCCUCAGUGAGUCAUUGUUUAACUUCUUUGUAUACAUAAGCUUAAUCUCUGCCGCUUUACACAGGAGGUUUUAUGUGUAAUCUAAACAAGGCUUCUCUGCAAGGGUAUGUUUUCAUAAAUGUCCUAUAGGUUAGCUUCAGUGCUAUUCAAGAAAGAGUUCGACGCUGAAGCCAUCGUCUGUUCUGCGUGACCCAGAAAGAGCUCCCCAUGUUCAGAUCUGUCCUAAGCCCGCUGAUCUAGAAAGUGAGCUGAUGUAACUCUGUCUGGAUCAAACAAUAACCACAGAAGAUACAAAUGGAACAUUUGGGGAUAAAGGACAGACACGUGGAAACAAUGUCCUCUGUUAGCAUGUGAAGGUCUGUAGGGGCAUUUAGAGCUGUUUGAAGGCAGAGCCAAGGCUUGUCUUUAGAGGCAGCUAAGCAGCUCAUGUAACCAAUGUCCCUGUCUUUGUUCUUUCCUAUAAAAAAUCUAAACAGGCCGGGUAAAGAUAGUCUGUGCUCAAAGAAAGGUCAAAAUGAUUUGCUAGAAGACUAAACACAAACAUCCUGUCCACAGGUUCAUAUGUACACACACAUCUCCACUUCCUCAAUAACAUCCUUGAGAGCUUAAUUCGAGGUGACUCGGCUAAGACUUGCAAACAAAUGAGCCAAAGGAGAGAUGGAUGAUUUGUCUAACACUGUUUAAAGUGGAUUAUUGCUUCUUUCAUCCUUCAUCUCAUCUCUAAUCCUGUUCCCUUUCUCUUUUUUUCUCUGGAACUCCAGGUAUGAAGCGGAGAACGCCUUCUUCUUCAAUCUAAAUCUAGCCGACUUCAACAUUAUUGACACUCUGGGAGUCGGUGGCUUUGGCCGUGUAGAGCUGGUACUUUUUUCCCCCCACAUCUUUACAAAUCGUCUUGCCGGCUGUGCAACGUAAUGGGGAGGCUGACCUUUGUGUGUGCACUUCUGUUUUCCUCCUCACUGCAGGUUCAGCUCAAGAGUGAUGAGAACAAAACCUUCGCCAUGAAGAUCCUGAAGAAGCGGCACAUUGUCGAUACGAGACAACAGGAGCACAUUCGCUCAGAGAAACUCAUCAUGCAAGAGGCGCACUCUGACUUCAUUGUUAGGUAUGACACUUGAACCGCUGUAUUCAUAGACAGUAUGGGGAAUUAGUGCCAUAUUUCCCUAGUACCUGUCCUUUAUUACUUCAGGCACAGAGAUAAAGGGAUCUAAUAAUGAACACAUCUUUCUGUGGAGUUUGAAGCAUUCUUCAUAAUGUUUGUAGAGUUUCCCCCACUUAGGAAAAUCAAGAACAUCAGAAACCAUUUACACUGAACAAGAAGUGCAUAUAGAAAAAAUGUGGGCAUGUGAACUCUACAGCAUUGAUACUAUACACCCAUGUAAAGGUAUACAUGCUCUAUCAAAUCCUCAAAAUUCACUCACAGACCACACACCAGGAUGUACCAAACAGCUUAGUUUUUAGUGUCUUGCGGUGUCAUAUGCUUGCAGAAAUCUGCUUUAACUAGUUGUUGAAGUAUUCAAAUCCAACUGCUUUCAAGUCUUGCUUUGCUGUAUCACAGUCAAAUAAAAGUAAAAUAUACACAGAAACAAACAGAUGACACUUUGAAGCUUUCACUUGAAUUAAGAGCACGUCUAUGUUCUGUAUUUCUUGUCUAAAAGCGGUUUAAUUUAUGUUUUCAGACUUUACAGAACAUUCAAGGACAGCAAGUACCUCUAUAUGUUGAUGGAAGCAUGUUUAGGAGGGGAGCUGUGGACCAUUCUGCGAGACAGGUGAGCUCAAGUUCACCGUUUCAGUUAUAAACAUGGUGUUUUAGUUGUGUCUACUUCCUGGUCAGGCAAACACAAUCAAUACAACACAACAAAGGAGAAUCUUGUGUCACUGUAAUAGCUGUAAUAUUACCUUUAAUGUUAGCCAGGGUUUUUCUCAAGAUUUCUGGUGGUUUUUACUUUUUCAGUUUAUCAAGAAAAUAACUGCUUCUACGGAAAUGAUAUGUCAUUUUUGUUAGCAAUCUGCCAUGAGGAUCUGUAAAGACAUAAGCAGAGAGAAGGUCCUGGUCGAUACAAGGGAAAAUGUUUUUUGUUGACGGGUCUUUUCUCUCUUGGUGUGUUUCCAGGGGUUCAUUCGAGGACUCAACCACCAGGUUUUACACAGCGUGUGUGGUGGAGGCCUUUGCCUACCUGCAUUCCAAAGGAAUCAUCUACAGAGACCUCAAACCAGAGAACCUUAUACUGGACCACAGGGGAUAUGCCAAACUGGUAAAGACAUUGUUCAGGAUUACCACAAAAUUCACUCCCUUUUUUGGUAGAAGACAUAGCUGCUGCCAAGUGAGAGACAUUUUAGACAUUUCGCAUAAAUCUGGUCUUUCUAUGAUGCUUCAAUGAAGAAUCAAAUGAAAUUUGAACACGUGUUUCUUGCUGGCUGCAAACUAAGGCAUAAAUAUAGAAUAGAGAAAGGCAUAAUUGAGGUUAAGUCAUGUUCUGUGUUUCUUGGGGUGUUGCCAUUCCCCUCACUCCUCAUGGAGAAACCAGUUUGUAGCUUUUGGCAGGGCAGCAACCAGCUGCUCACUCCUUCUAACCAUCAUGAAUAAGCAUCGAGUGAAAUACUCUAACACUGAAAUGGUGACACAGUUUCUACCUUAUUAUCUGUGUAUCUGUGUACUGGAGAAUGAAUUAAAUCUGACAAAAACAAAACAAAACAAUAAAAUCAAAUAAAUCUGAAUCACGAACCAGGUUUUUUCUCCUCUUAUCCUCAGGUUGACUUUGGCUUUGCAAAGAAGAUUGGAUUUGGGAAGAAGACGUGGACCUUCUGUGGGACGCCGGAGUAUGUAGCACCGGAGAUCAUUUUGAACAAAGGCCAUGACAUCUCAGCUGACUACUGGUCUCUAGGAAUCCUCAUGUUUGAGCUCCUAACUGGCAGGUACACACAAGCCUGGGCACGUCUGCAAAAAAUACAAGAGAAAACAAAAAACCCCCAAAAGAUCCCAACCAAUAAAACCCAUUAGGAAAACGUGUUAACACAGUUUGAGCCUUCAUUAAAUCGAUUCUCAUUUACAUGUGUCACUCAAGAUUGAUAUCUUUGCCUCUGUUCUGCAGCCCACCUUUCUCUGGCCCCGAUCCAAUGAAAACCUACAACAUCAUCCUGAGGGGCAUUGACAUGAUCGAAUUUCCAAAGAAAAUAACCAAAAAUGCUGCCAAUCUAAUCAAAAAGCUAUGCAGGUGAGUGUUGACAUUCAACCAGUUUGAGCUCAGUGGUUCUUUGAAGUGGUCUCUGAGCUGAUUCAUGGUUUUUUAAUGUCUUGGGUUUUUUUCUGCUGCAGGGAUAAUCCGUCUGAACGUCUGGGUAACUUGAAAAAUGGUGUCAAAGACAUCCAAAAGCACAAGUAAGCAUAUUUUAAAAUGGAUUUAAAUCUCAUUCAUACAUACAUUCCAUAUAUUGUAAAUGUGCGUAUUGAAAUAGGAUAAUAAAGGAGUGAUUCUUUUUUUCCUGAAGAUGGUUUGAGGGCUUUAACUGGGAGGGUUUGAAGAAGGGAACCUUGACACCACCUAUUAUUCCUAGUGUAAGUUCCUAAUUGCCUCGAAGCUUUCUCUUUUUAACAUUUCCUUUUCAAAAACUCACUUGUUGACUCCUCCCUGUGAAUCGUUUCCUCGUCUUCCCUCCAGGUCACAUCAGCAGUCGACACAAGUAACUUCGACAGUUUCCCAGAGGACAACGAGGACCCGCCUCCAGACGACAACUCCGGCUGGGACGUAGAUUUUUGAAGUCCUCCUCUCUCACCUUAAAACCAAAAGGAACUCUUCUUUUGUUGGCUUGGAGGCCAUCAUGAGGACAUGGCUGUGUUGUAAAAAGAAACUGCUUUAGAAACGAAAGAGAGCAUAUGGAAAAGGAGAUAAAAACAGAUGGAUGGCAAACCCCUCUGGGUCACCGAUAUGCCUUUAUUUCACUGUGGCUCUGGAUCAAGCAUUUAUCACAGGACUUCUGUAGCACUUCUUCAGUGUUGUCUUACACUCCACUUUAAAGGAAAAGGAAAGAAAGUGCAGGGAUACACACAUUCACACAACACAACACAAUAGAGGCUGAUAAUAGAGCCAGUUUUUCAUGUAACAGGGAUUCUAGUGAGUAGAUGAACGUCGAUAGCGUAACUUAUGGUUUUAAGAUGAAUACGAGGGACAACUGUGAUCAUGGACUGCUCAAAAAGAGGAGAGGCUGAGUGUUGAUUUUAUUUUUUAAUUGUGUUUGUUUCUCUGCAAUAUUUGGGUGAAACAUCUGGUGGACUUUGGGAGGAUUUAAGGUGUUACUGCAGUUGCGGUCUAUUUUUUGAUGUGCAGCUGCAUGCUGCAGUCUCUGACAGUCUUCAGAGAUCCACACACCACAGUUUGCAAGUAAAACUGAUAUCAAGUGCUCAAGACUUACCUGAAUGUUACUGAUUUUUCUUCUUAUUUAACAUCCAUAGUGCAAACAGCAUGUACGGUACGAAGUAUUUGAAGUUACAAGCAACGAUCUCACAAAUCAAAUACUUAGUUUACCUACCUUGAAAAGCACAAACACUGUGCGUUCAGCGAAGAGAGAGAUGUGUCUCUUUAAGUGCCCUGCUUUAGAUAUAAUGAAUCACACACCGACACACAUGAAAUGUCAGCUACUAUUUCCAUUAAGCAAUGUGUCAUUAUGCACCUAAGACCAUAAACUGGGAAACCAUUAGUAAGAGCUUCAUUUGUUUUGUUCUUUUAUAUGCUUUUAAUCACACACAUGAAUGCUUCACCACCAAGAAACAUCUUUAUUUCAUCUUUAAAUCACGCAAAUGCCUCGUCCUCUGUUUGCUUCAAAAAUAACUGUGAACAUGGUUUCAAUGUCUUUGGUGCUGUUGUUGAUAAAUUAUGAUACCUGACGGCAAGAUAACAGUACUGGUUAUUGUUUUCGUAUAGUGAUUAUUUUGUGCUUGAUUUCUUUGUAAUGUACUUGACUCCCUUUAGAAAUUUGGAGACCUGUGUCGAUUCGUUUAAUUGAGUGAAAUUUUGCUUGCUAUUACUUGACAACAUGUUGUGCUAUGUGGUAUUCUGGAGGUUUUGAAACUAUGUUGAGUUCAUCCACAAACACUGAGUAUCCUCUUUGGAGGUAAAAUUAUCACAUUCAUGUUGUCAUAAAGCUAUAUUGACUAUACAUCAUACAGAAAUUUUAAUGAGAAAAGAUUUAAAAGGAGUUUUUAUUUUGUGAAAUUUGCUACUUUGACGGCAAACUACCAAUAUCAUCCCAUUCCACAUCCCAAAGUGAGAGCGUAAAAUCAGAAGUAAAGUGCCUUAAAUCAAUGGCAUACAAAAAUUAUCAUCAAGUCCUUUUCAAUGCUGCAUGCACACAUAUACACCUCAGAAACUGAUGUGUCCUCCAAGACAGCUGCUUCUCAUCCUUUGUUAUAUCUAAUAAAUACAUUAAUCACAGUGGAAAGAGAACUUUUAGUCAUUUGAUGGCUGACUAAGUGUAUGAAAUUAAAGCCCUGCUUACACCUGUGAUUUACGUCAGAGAAAAUUACACAUAUUUAUCAUCCCUGGUAUGGCUGCAAUGACAUGCAUUACUCUCUAUAUUGAAUACUGUCUCAGAGUCAACCACAUGGAAAGACAACAAAUCAGCGCUUAGAUGUUUUUCUUACGAAACGUGAGCGUUUAGAGAUGGCAGGAAUGAUUUACAGCCUUCAUGAAAUUGACAUCCUUAUUUGCCGCUGGUGACAAUCUUUGACGGCACAAUAACAUUGAUCAUAGAGUGAAAUUAUUUUAUUACUUUAUAUAAAUUAUGAAGAAUCUCUAAUUUCACCUCAACAGACAGACACGCUUCCAUUUAUAUCCAUAAAUCACUCAAUGAUGUAGACAGAGAUUAACACAUGAGAAAGACUUGUUGUUUCUGUGGGCAGACCAUCGGUGUUUUAAUGUAUAACAGGCAGGUUAUGUCAAACACAAAGCCUUAUGUAUGCCAUCACUUUACAAACCACUGGUUUUCAGUCUUAUAUUGACCGCCUUCUGCAAUGUUACCUGAUAUCUGCCUUGUGUUAUGUUGUUUAUUCUGCUGUAAAUUGAUUUUGCAGAGUGCCACGUGUAAGAUUUUUAAAAUUAUAGAGUAAAAACAAUACUUUUGA